GGUGCCGAGCAACAUGUCGACACAGGCGCCAACAUUCACACAGCCGCUGCAAAGCGUUGUGGCACUAGAGGGUAGUGCUGCAACGUUUGAGGCUCAAGUUACUGGUUCCCCAGUUCCUGAGGUAAGCUGGUUUCGUGAUGGCCAGGUCCUUUCUGCUGCCGCUCUUCCCGGCAUUCAGAUCUCGUUCAGCGAUGGCCGCGCUGUUCUGAGGAUCCCUGCAGUGACUGCCACACACAGUGGAAGAUUUUCUGUGAGAGCCACCAAUGGUGCAGGACAAGCCACUAGCACUGCUGAGCUCCUAGUUACAGCUGAGACUGCGCCACCCAACUUUAUUCAGAGACUUCAGAGUUUGACAGUAAGACAAGGAAGCCAAGUGAGACUGGAUGUUCGUGUGACAGGAAUCCCUACACCUGUGGUGAAGUUCUACAGGGAGGGAGCUGAGAUACAGAGCUCCCCCGAUUUUACGAUUGUUCAAGAAGCAGACCUUUACAGUUUACUGAUUGCUGAAGCCUUCCCAGAGGACUCUGGGACAUACUCUGUGAAUGCCGCAAACAGCAGCGGAAGAUCUACCUCUACUGCUGAACUUCUGGUUCAAGGUGAAGAGGCCGUGCCUGCGAAGAAAACCAAGACUGUGAUUUCCACUUCUCAAAUGUCUCAGAGCCGCCAGACCAGAGUGGAAAAGCGGGCCGGGGCUGGUUUCCAGACCACCACCAUGACUGAGAUGCAGGUAGAAGGAGGCGGCAUGACUCAACAUUUAGCACACAAGACUCCCCCAAGGGUUCCUCCCAAACCCACCUCCAAGUCCCCCACCCCACCGUCUCUGGUGGCCAGGGUGGCCGGAGGUCGCCAUCAGUCUCCCUCCCCGGUCCGACACGUGAAGGCCCCCACGCCCACGCCUGGCAGGCCUGUCAAGUCCCCCCUCACCACCCGCAAACAGAUGGCUUCAGGGGCCGACGUCCUGCCCCCCUGGAAGCAGGCCGGCUUCAUGAGUGAGGCCAGCUACACCUCUAUGACCUCCACCUCUACCCAGCUUAGAACCUCCUCCACUCAGAUGCAGAUGGAGCAGCACUGGGAACAGCAAGUGAUGGCUGUCAAAGAGGGGGAGGGAGUUGGAAGAGUAGGGGCAUUGGCCACCGUGAUGGCUGCUGUUGACCUAGCUCGUGUUCGUCAGCCUGUGCAUGUGGAGCAAUCUGGAGCUGAAGAGGAGCCUGUAGCCCUACAGCUGCAGGCUGCUGCUCCACACGUUAGCCUUGAUCUAAAUGUGCCACUCUCCCAGAUUCAAAGAACCACAGAAACCAGCAGCCAGGUGGAAGCUGGUCUUACCCCUUCCCCACUUCCAAAGUUCACAGUUUCUAAAGUUACUGUUCCUAAACAUGACUCUAGCUAUGAGGUCUCGAGGGCAGGCUCUGCCAUCUCCUCUCUGCAGAAAGACUUAUCCUCCCACUCAACCACUAGAAUGAUCAUCAAACCAGUCAAGUCUCCAAGUUCUUCUUGUAGGGUUGUGGAGACACGAGUGACCACAGAGCCCUCUCUGUUCAGAGAUGUGGUGUACACAGGCAGCAUGGAGGGGAUGUAUGAGGACUGGGAAGCCCUGGGGAAGGAGACUGAGGGUGCUGCUGUACCCACUCCCACAGAGAGUGUCGUUCCACCCACGCUGCUGGCUGGCUUAAAGAACCUGACUGUUACAGAGGGCGAGUCUGUGUCUCUGGAGUGCCAGAUCACUGCUAAUCCCAGCCCGAUCAUCAUGUGGUUCAGAGAGGACUACAAGAUCGAGAGCUCCAUUGACUUCCAGAUCAGCUAUGAGAAUGGAUUUGCACGUCUGGUGAUCCGUGAAGCCUUUGCUGAAGACAGCGGCCGCUUUACCUGCACAGCAACCAGCGAGGCUGGGACAGUCAGCACGUCCUGCUAUCUGCUCGUACAGGUGUCAGAAGAGAUUGAGAGCCGAGAGGAAAUGGUUGCCAUCUCCAAGCAAGUGCACAUUUCUCAAGUGACAGAGGUGUCAAGAGAGGAGACAAUGUCCGAGAUCAGCAUAACUGAGUCUGAUACCAGUGCUGCCAUUGCACCAUUCUUCAUCAAGAAGCCCAGCGUCCAGAAGCUGAUGGAGGGAGGAAGCGUUGUGUUUGAAUGCCAAGUCGGAGGAAGCCCUAAACCACAUAUUAUCUGGAAGAAGAGUGGCUUGCCCCUCACUACCGGAUACAGAUAUAAAGUAGCCUACAAGAAGGAGACAGGAGAAUGCAGAUUGGAGAUCUCCAUGACCUUUGCUGAUGAUGCAGGAGAGUACUCUAUUUUUGCCAAGAACCAGCUUGGAGAAGCCUCAGCUUCCGCCACUCUGAUGGAUGAAGAGGAAUAUGAAGCCUUCCUGAAGAAACUAGAAGCUACCUUUACCACUCAAGUGACCUCCAUGGUGCUGGAACCCAGUGUGGGCGAUGUUGCUCCUGGUGUUAUGUCCUCUCAGAGGACCACCACCAUUACAUCCGGACAGGAAUUUCAUCUUUCUGCGAUUGAGCAGAGGAUCAUCCAGGAGAUUGAGCUCAGGAUCAUGACAAUUACCUAUCAACACAUUGUAACCGAGGAUGGAGAACUAAUGGUGACUGCAGCAGAAUAUGAGGCCUUGCAGCCAGGAUUUGCCACACCUGUCAAAAACUACAGGAUCAUGGAGGGAAUGGGAGUCACUUUCCACUGUAAAAUGGAAGGAAUCCCACUUCCCAAGAUUGCUUGGUACAAAGAUGGCAACCGUCUUCAACAUGGCGGCCGUUGUCAGAUGGAGGUUCUCCAGGAUGGCAGAGCCAGCCUUCGUCUGCCUGUGGUGCUUCCAGAGGAUGAGGGCGUUUACACCGCCUUUGCCAGCAACAUGAAGGGUAAUGCUGUCAGCUCUGGGAAGCUGUAUGUCGAACCCUCUGGAGCAGCAACUCCUCAGGCAUACAAUCCCCAGCCAGCAAUGCAGAGAAUCAGGUCUACCUCUCCUCGUUCUAUGAGUCGCUCACCUGGCCGUUCUGCCAGCGGCUCUCCGGCUCGCAGGCUUGAUGAGACGGACGAAGCUCAGCUGGAGAGACUCUACAAACCUGUCUUUGUCCUGAAGCCUUCCUCAUGUAAAUGCACUGAGGGGCAGACUGCCAGAUUUGACCUGAAGGUUGUCGGAAGGCCGAUGCCUGAAACAUACUGGUUCCACAAUGGUCAUCAAGUUGUGAGUGACUUCACCCACAAGAUUGUUGUUAAAGAAGAUGGAACACAGUCUCUGAUAAUUGUAACAGCCAUGCCUCACGAUUCUGGAGAAUGGACAGUUGUUGCUCAGAAUAGAGCUGGAAAAUCCUCCAUCUCCAUCACUCUGACUGUCGAUGCUAAAGAAAGCCUGAUACGUCCCCAGUUCAGCGAAAAGCUGAAGAACAUCAGUGUGAAACAGGGAACUCUGGUGGAGUUGGCUGUCAGGGCCAUCGGAAACCCCAUUCCUGACAUUGUCUGGCUGAAAAACAGUGAUAUUAUUACUCCACACAAGCAUCCUAACAUCAGGAUCGAAGGAACUAGAGGAGAGGCCAAAUUCCAGAUCCGUUCAUCUGUUGGCUCUGACAGUGCCUGGUACACAGCUACAGCCAUCAACAAGGCUGGAAGAGAUACCACUCGCUGUAGGGUCAAUGUUGAGGUAGAAUUUGCUGAACCUGAACCAGAGAGGAAGCUGAUUAUAACCAAAGGAACCUACAAGUCAAAAGAUAUUGCUGCCCCUGAAUUGGAGCCCCUUCAUCAACGUUAUGGCCAAGACCAAUGGGAGGAGGGAGACCUUUAUGACAAAGAGAAGCAGCAGAAACCACAGUUCAAGAAGAAGCUGACUUCUGUCCGAAUGAAGCGUUUUGGGCCAGCUCAUUUUGAGUGCAGACUGACUCCUAUUGGUGACCCCACUAUGGUCGUUGAGUGGCUGCACGAUGGCAAACCUCUUGAUGCUGCCAAUAGGCUGCGCAUGGUCAAUGAGUUUGGCUAUUGCAGUCUGGACUAUGAAGUUGCCUACCCUAGAGACAGCGGUGUUAUUACCUGCAGAGCUACAAACAAGUUUGGUGUUGAUCAAAAUUCGGCCACCCUUGUGGUUAAGGAUGAGAAAGGCCUUGUUGAAGAGUCCCAGCUCCCCGAGGGAAUAAAGGGAGCACACAGAAUUGAUGAGAUGGAGCGUAUGGCUCAUGAGGGAGGACCCACUGGUAUAAGUGCUGAUGAUGAAACAGAAAAGUCAAAACCAUGCAUUGUUCUGGUUCCAGAACCAGCUGUAAUUGUGGAAGGAGAAACGGCGAGAUUCCGUUGCAGAGUGACUGGUUAUCCAACACCAAAGGUAAACUGGUACCUUAAUGGACAACUCAUUCGCAAGAGUAAGAGAUACAGACUGCGUUAUGAUGGCAUUUACUACCUGGAGAUAGUUGAUGUCAAAUCGUAUGAUUCGGGAGAGGUCAAGGUGGUUGCCGAUAGCAACCUGGGCUCAGCUGAACACAAAGUGAAACUGGAGAUCCAGCAGAAGGAAGACUUGAGAACACUUCUUCGUCGUUCAGAUGGCAAAGUUCCAGAAGCUGUUUCUGAAGCAGGAAAAACACAAUUCGAGCUUGUGAAGGUGGAGAAAACUGCAGAGGACUCUCAGCUGAAAGAAGUUGUUACACUGAAAAAGACCCAGAGAGUUGUCCAUGAGAAAUCCACAGAAGAAACAGAGGAACUGAGAGGCAAGUUUAAGCGCAGAACAGAGGAAGGAUUCUAUGAGUCAAUCUCUGCUGUGGAGUUGAAGUCUCGCAGGAAGGAUGAGUCUUAUGAGGACCUACUGAAGAAGACAAAGGAUGAACUGCUUCACCGUGCCAAGGCAAAAGAGGAGGCUGAGAAGUUAAAGGAAGAAGAACGUCGUAAAGUUACUGCUACCCCAUUAAAACCAGAGAGGAUUAAGCUCUCUGCAAGCAUGGUAGCCCCGAAGAUCAUUGAGCGCAUCACCAGCCAGACAGUUGCACAAGGUGAUGAAGUUAAGUUCAGGGUAAGAGUUAUCGGAAGACCAGAACCAGAAUGUCAGUGGUUCAAGAAUGGCGUUCAGCUGGAGAAGUCAGAUCGGAUUAACUGGUACUGGCCCGAGGACCAGGUUUGUGAGCUGGUGAUCACAAAUGUGACCCCAGAAGAUUCGGCCAGUAUCAUGGUCAAAGCCAUGAAUUCUGCUGGGGAGACUUCUGGUCAUGCUUUCCUGCUAGUGCAAGGAAAGCAAGUCCUCACCUUCACACAGAAACUUACAGAGGUCAAUGCCAAGGAGAAGGACACCAUGGCCACCUUCGAGUGUGAGACCAACGAGCCUUUCAUUAAAGUGAAAUGGAUGAAGAACAACAUGGAUAUCUUUUCUGGAGACAAAUACAGGAUGCAUUCUGACAGAAAAGUCCACUUCCUGUCUGUGCUGAUGAUCUCUAUGAAAGACGAUGCAGAUUACAGUUGUGUUGUUAUCGAAGAUGACGCAGUCAUAACCACUUCCAGGCUAAGCGUUGAAGGUGCUCCGUUGGAGAUAGUGAAGAACCUUGACAGCACUGAGGUUCCUGAAUCCUACUCUGGAGAGUUUGAGUGCAUCGUGACCCGUGAAGAUGCUGAGGGCACUUGGUAUUUUGGAGACAAAGUGAUCUCUAGUAGCAACAAAUACAUAAUUUCCUCCCGCCGUGGAAGACACACUCUGUCAGUCAAGGAAGUCAAGAAAGAGGACCAGGGGAAAUACACCUUCAAAGUGGAAGAUUUCAAGUCAAGUGCAUCUCUCAAGAUGAAAUUGCGACCUGUGACACUGAUGCAGCCCCUGAGUGAUCUGACAGUCUGUGAAGGAGACAUUGCUCAGCUGGAGGUGAAGUUCUCCCAGGCGAACGUUGAAGGAACCUGGAUGAAGAAUGGCCAGGUCCUGUCAUCCUCCAACCGUGUCCACAUUGUUAUCGACAAACAGAUACACAAACUCCUGAUAGAGGACACCAUCAAAGAUGACUUUGGAACAUACUCCUUUAUGAUUCCUGCUCAGGAGAUCUCAACCUCUGCAAAGCUGACCGUCCAGACUAUCGGAGUCUUGAUCACGCUGAAGGAUAUCAGUACUAUUGAGGGAACCAAGGCUGUUCUGGAGACAAAGAUCUCAGUUCAGGACAUCACCGCUGUCAAAUGGUACCAAAAUGAUGAACUGCUGAUAGCCAGUGAGCGAGUUCAGAUGGUGUCCAAGGGGGCCAAGCAGCGUCUGGUCUUCAACAGGACCUUUGCCUCAGAUGAGGGACAGUACAAACUGGUGGUGGGAAAGGUUGACACCAGCUGUAGACUGUCUGUACAGGAGGUCACGAUUGUUAGCCCAAUGAAGGACAAGGUGUGCUCAGAAUCUGAAAAUGUCACCUAUGAAGUUGAAGUCUCACACCCUGGCAUAGAUGCUUUUUGGACCUUCAAUGGUCAGCCCCUCAAAGCCGGACCGAAGUACAAGAUGGUGUCCAAGAAGAAGAGCCACUCUCUCACUGUGCUGAAUGCCAUGAAGGAUGAAGAAGGGGAAUAUAUGUUUGGUGCUGGAGAAAAGUCCUGCUCUGCCACACUUACUGUUUCAGGUGGAGCUAUCAGGAGGCCCCUCUUUGACUUGGUGGUUGCCGACUCCCAGACUGUUGAGCUGGAGUGUGAGGUGGCCAAUGCCUCUGUCGAGGGGAAAUGGCUAAAGGACGGCCAACAGUUGGACUACAGCGACAACGUUGUGAGUGAGGUGAAUGGCGCAGUAAGACGCCUGGUGAUCAUCAUUAGUAAAGCUUCAGACAUUGGAGAAUACACCUACCAGGUGGCCAACUCCAAGACCACAGCCAGUCUGAAAGUCGAAGCUGUGAAGGUCAAGAAGACCUUGAAGAAUCUCAAAGUUGUUGAGACCAAGGAUGCAGUAUUCAGUCUUGAGCUGACCCAUGAGAAUGUGAGAGGAUCUCAGUGGAUCAAGAAUGGUUUUGAAAUCCUCCCUAGUGAUAAAUAUGAAAUCUCUGUUGUGGGUACAGUCCACACACUGACAAUCAAGAACUGCAACACCCAGGACGAGUCUGUUUAUGCUUUCAAAUUGGGGAAACUGUCUGCCAACGCUAGACUCAAUGUCGAAACGAUCAAGAUCCUGAAGAAGCUGAAGGAUGUGACCUCCCUGCUGGGAGCGAUGGUAACAUUUGAAUUGGGGCUGUCAGAGGAUGACAUCCCUGUGCGAUGGAUGUUAAAUAACGUGCCGCUGGAAGCCAACAAGCAAUUUAGUAUGCUCUCAGAGAAGAAGAGUCAUAAGUUGAUCAUCCAGGAAGUGGACUCCAGUAAGAAAGGAGAAUACACUGCUUAUGCAGGCCACCUGCAUUCCAGUGCUCACCUCAUUGUGGAGGCUCUCAGCGUGACCAAGCCCUUGAAGAAUGUGGAGGUACCAGAGACCCAUGUGGCCACUUUGGAGUGUGAAGUUUCCCAUUUUAAUGUCCACUCUACUUGGCUGAGGAAUGGUGUGGAGAUGGAGAUGAGUGAGAAGUUCAGUAUUGUGGUCCAGAGCAAACUUCACCAGCUCAAGAUCAUGAACACGACCACUGAGGACUCUGCAGAGUACAGCUUUGUCUGUGGAAAUGACAGAGUCUCUGCGACUGUUACUAUUCUUCCAAUCAUUAUCACCAGGAUGAUACGAGAUGUGAAUGCUCAGGAGAAGGAAACUGUGACCUUUGAGCUUGAUGUUAACUAUGAGGGAAUCAUCUAUAAAUGGCUGAAGAAUGGUGCAGAGAUACGCUCCACAGAAAGGAGCCAGAUUCGCUGCACACAGCUAACACACUCUCUUACCAUCAAAAACAUCCACUUUGGAGACAGCGCAGAGUACACGUUCAUGGCUGGUUCUGCCCUUACUUCCGCUAAAGUCUUUAUUGAAGCUCGUGUGGUAGAAUUCACCAAACACUUGAAAGAUUUGAAGAUCACGGAAAAGAAGAGGGCAACUUUUGAGUGUGAGGUGUCUGAGCCUAACAUCCAGGUCAUGUGGAUGAAGGAUGGUCAGGAGUUGGAGAUGUCUGGAAGACUGAAGAUGACGUCAGAGAAGUUCUUGCAUCGCCUGAUCCUGCCAUCGGUGCGUCUGUCGGACUCUGGGGAGUUCACUGUGGUCGCCGGGGCCAGCAUGUCCAAGGGUCAUCUGACGGUGGAAGGACGGGACGUUAAGAUCUCUGAGCCAGCAAACCGAACAAUCACCGUUGUGGAGAAACAAAGAGCCACCUUUGAGUUUGAGGUGAAUGAGGAUGAAGUAGAGGGCCGCUGGCUGAAGAAUGGAAUUGAGAUCCAGUUCACAGUUGAGAAGAGGUUUAACUACGUGAGCAUCAAGAAGAAGCACCGUCUCACCAUCUCUGAAACCUACAGAAGUGAUGCUGGCGAAUAUACCUUCAUCGCUGGCAAAAACAGGAGCACAAUGAACCUCCUUGUCAAAAUACCAGAGCCCCCUCAGAUCGUCAAGCACAUGGAGCCCCAGUCGGUGGAAGCUGGAAAACCAGCUCGCUUCACGGUCGCAGUGACUGGUGUUCCCCAGCCACAGGUCUCCUGGUACAAGAACUCCCAGGCUUUGUCUUCUGGCUUCAAGUGCAAGUUCCUUUGUGAAGGAAACGACCACACUCUGCUGCUGAUCGAGGUGUUCCCAGAGGAUGCAGCUGUGUACAACUGUGAAGCCAAGAAUGACUACGGAGAGGCAACUACCUCAGCUGCUCUUAAUGUGGAAGUUCCUGAGGUGGUAUCGCCAGAGUCUGGGCCUCAGAUGUCAGCUCCUGUGAUCUCCAGACCACUGAAGGACCUACUGGUGUUCCAGGGUAGACCUGCUCAACUCCAGUGCACUGUCUCUGGAGAAGACUUGCAGGUGGUGUGGUAUUGUAAUGGGAAAGAGAUCAAGGACUCAGACAUCUACCGGAUGACUCGGUCCGGGGAGACCUGCCAGCUAGAUGUGUCUGGGGUGCAAUCAGCCCAGCAGGGAGAGUACAUGUGCACCGCCAGAAACACAGCAGGAAGGGUGUCAUGCAGUGCGAAGCUGAGCCUAGAUGAUGAAAAGGCACAAGCCUUAGCUAGCUCUGAGUGUGAAACAGUGGUCAUUCAGAGAGAGCAUGUUCAGUCAGAGAGCUCCCACAGUGUGGAGAUGGUGUCGGAGAUGUCCUCCAUGUCUACCACGAUCUUAUCCUCUUGGAGGAGCGUUGAUGUUCAGAGCUUCUUGUCUGAGGGUCUCCCAGCCGCCCCCAAACUGCUCCUAGAGAUGACCGAUGUCCAGGUAAAAAGUGGUGAGAUGGCUACGUUUAGCUGUUCCUUCGAUGGGCAGCCCUUCACUUGCAUCGUGUGGGACCAUAAUGGCCAUGGCCUGGGGGAGACGGAGAGGAGGAGGAGCUCUGAGAGAGGAGGGCUUCUGUCCCUGAUCAUCCAGAGUGUUAGCCUUGGAGACCAGGGAGAAUAUCGCUGUACGGUCAGCAACACACAUGGCCACAACAGUAACUCUGCCCAGCUCAUUGUGGAAGCAAAAGAAGCGAUUAUCAAAGCAGAAAAUUCCACCCCAAGCGAUUGUGUACGUAAAGUGUCCCAGACAGACAGGGACACUCCUGGGCUCUCUGGUCGGGAAAAAACGCUAGAGGAACUGGUUUCUACAGAACUCCCUGGUUGGGACAAGCCACUGGAGGAACUGGCUCCUCAGUCUUUCCCAAGAACUCACAACCUCCUUAGCCUUCUUUACUUCCCUGAUGUGGUGCCAGGAGAAGCCGUAUCCAGCCAGCGUGAGCUGUUCCUCAAACUAAGCCCUGAUAUGCUCCUCAAAAACAGAGAGCUUGCUCUUUGCUGUGUCUUCGAGGGGGCUCCCACCUCCUUUCUUCUUUGGCUUCACAACCGGUUAAAUAUCAACAACUCUCUGUCAUGCCUAGACUUUAAGAAUUUUGGGUCUGGACAAGGGAAUGGUUCUCUUUUCCAAAAUGCCAGCUCAGCCCUGGACGCUGAGGGCCACAGAGUAAUGAAAGUUCCUGCAGCGGCGGUGGGAACUAUAAUGGAGCAGAAGGAGGAAAUUAAAGCUUUCUCCAAGGUGGAUGAAGAGACUUACAAAACUGGUCUUAACCUGCACCAUAGAACAACAGCAUUCCAACUCAAGCCAGAGCCCACACGUAGUUCUUUAGAGAGGGAAAAAGAAAAGCCAGUUUUCCUUUGCCAGCUGUCUCCAGCUGCUGUGACCGAAGGGGAAACAGCUAGGUUUACCGUCACAGUGGCGGGCUUUCCCAAGCCAUCUGUUCAAUGGUUCCACAACGGGAAGGGCAUCACAGCUUCAUCUACACAUACAUUCACUCAUGAGCAAGAUGAAUACAGUCUGAUCAUUAACAAAGUUGAGAGAACAUUUGAAGGAGAGUACUCGUGUACUGUAUGCAACCGGUUUGGUCAGUCGAACUGGAGUUCAUACUUGCAUGUUCAUUUGAAGGACCUAGUGGGAUAUGAAAAGGAGGCUGAAAAGGGGGAUGACCCACCCAACAAGCCCCCUGACUUCAGUCAAAAGAUUGAACCUCUUCAUUCCCCUCAGGGGGGUCAGGCGUUGUUUAGAUACAAGGUAACAGGAAGCCCCUUGCCUGAAGUUCAGUGGCUUAGAGGAAGCUACCGCAUCAAACCAAGUCAAUUCUGUAUCAUAGUCAACAACUCAGAUGGCUCUGGCCUCAUGCAAAUAAAGAGCAUCAAACAGGAGGACAGCGACAUCUACAUUUGUAAAGCCUCAAACCAUUUUGGAGAGGCUUCAUGUAGUGCUGAAUUGGUGGUUUUCAGGGAGGCUGUUCAGCAGGAACAGCGCACAGUUAUUCAAGAAAGAGGCUACAAGGUAACCAUGACUGAGAAAGCCACAGAGUCAUGCUUAUACCCGGUCAGCCUUCUAGGACAGGAAAUAUCUAGUUCAGAUCAGAUGGUUUACACCAUUGGCACUGAAGACAGGCAGGUCAUUACCAGUGAGCAGGUGGGCACCAUUAGAAAUCUGAAUAUUUCUGCCGCCAGUCUUCAGAGAGAGCAGGUCACCCACCAGGCUGCCGUUCUGCAGUCCCAUGAAGUGGAGGAGAGGGUGUCAGUGGCUCCUGCCCAUCCAUCGUACAUUUCAGCAGUCCCACUCAAACAGCUUCACAUGGCAGCGUUUACCUCUUCUGUCCUGGAGAGUCAGCAGUUUAUUGAGCAGCAUUUCGACCGCAUCCUGAGCCCUGAGCUGGUAGAGGUGGAAUUUGUUAAAGAGCAGCCGUCUAGGCUAAUGUCAGCCAUAGCUCAAGAGGUUGUUCCUUUUACAACAGUCAAACCAGAGGUCCUUCCAGACAACGCAUCAGAGCAGCUCCUCACAUCUUCUGAACCCCAACAGGUUGUAUGUGGUUACCAGGUGCAGUCUGCUUUACCUAUCAAAGAAACAUCUGCCCUGAUAGUGAGGCAGGAGGAACAGAAGUGCUUUAGAGUGAAAGAGGGCAUGAAGAUCCUGUACACAUCCAAUUGUGCUGGGCAGCUUCCGAUAAAUGAAAGACACGUAGAGCCUCUGGUUGCUUUAGAAUCAGCCACUGAACCUCUGAUAGACAAGGAAAGGCCUGAGCAAGUUCUAGCACCUGUCAGUGAAACAACUCUGAUUUUAGCAAAAGAAAAUAAGUUUGCAAUGUUCCGAUCAGAGGAAGAGAGUACGAUCCCAUGCAAAGACACAGUAUGUUGGUCAGCUCAGUGCAUUGAGGAAACCUACAAGAUCCAAGCAGAGUACUCAGGGUUAAAUCAAGGGUUGGAAUCCUCUUUAUCCCCGCAGUCCCAGAGAGAAAAGGAACGACUUCUGUAUUUACAAGUUAUCUGCUAUCAGGACAUUUUACAAUCUGAGGGAAGAUUUUUGAGUGAGGAGCCUUUAUCAGAGCAGGCAAUUGCCGGUAAGAAUACUGCUUUGCUUUAUCCAGUCACCCAGACUGAGCAAAAGUCAUUGGUUUGUGAAACUACUUCUGGAUUAUCUGUAAUAACCAAAUCAAAAAGGGUUCAGCCUAAGAAAGAGGUGGCACCAACCUUUUUUCUUCAUUCAGUCCAAGAUGUGACUGCUUUACCUAAGGAGGGUUUUCUUAGCAUUACCAAACCAGAGCAGCAGGUGGCAGCACAGAAACAGACGAAGACCAGGAGUCAUGCAGCCACCUAUGAGGAGCGAAGGGAGAUCACAGCAGAUAAUCACGAAGAUCUUGAUGUGUCGGAGACAGGAGUUAAAUCACAGCUAGGGUUGGAGCCUAGACCUCUUAAUAUCCUACAGGUGACUUCCCACCCCAUGGAACUCCCAAAAGAGACUCCUUUCCCCCAUGACAUGAAACAGGAGUGUGCCUUAGUUCAGAGGGAGGAGCGUUGGAAUUUGAUGAAUGUCACCACCUUAGAAGACAUCCAGGCUUUGGUGGAGGCCCAUACUGAGAGUCUGGCUGCUGAGAAUACAUUCACCUGCCAGACAGCUGUAGAGCCAAAGGUUCCCACAGAGCCGGUCCAGGUUGAGAAGAAGGAGAUCUCUACUGAGAUCAGUUUGUCUAUAGAGGCAGCAGAGCUGGACGUUGCGGUUCAGAUCCAGGAGGGCCAGUCAGUUAGACAGUCAAUCAUGAUGGUCGAAAAGCAUGUGCUGAAAGGAGAGUUUUCCCAUGAGAUAAUCAAGUCAGAGUCCUCUAAAAUCAGUGUUAUCACACAGCCUGAACUUUAUUUAAUGGCCCCACAGACUGAGGAGAGCACAGCACUGCCCAAAGAGCUGACCUUUGUGAUUCAGAUUCCCAAACCAUCAAGUGUAAAUAUUAGACGUCAGCUGAAAGAUGCUCUUCAGUCUGCUGUGGCCCAGGAACAACCACUGCUACUGGCCGAUGUGGUGGGAAAGUUAGAGGCAGCACAGAUCCAGGAAGUUAGGGUUCAGAAAGAGCCAAAACUGGCAAUGUUCACAUACCUUGUCACGUCAUCUGGUGCAGCCAUAGAAAUCUCUCUGGCUUUUGACGGUGAGUACCUCCAGACAGCUGACCUGAGGUCAGAACUGCAGGCAGCCUUCCACUCUAUAGUUUACCAGGAGUCCCAGGUUCUGACUCUAGAACGGCCCAGUACUAUUUUGCUAGACAGCCCUCAAAAGUUACAGACAGCCUCUGCACUUUCCAAAGAGCUGCUGACAUCUGUAGUGGACUCUAUUACUGUAUCAGAAAGAACAAGGGGAUGGCAUUCCCCUGUGUCUCAUUCGGCUUCUGUGAAGACUGAGGACAGGGUUACCUAUAACAGUGUUUCUGUUCAUGAAUGCGCAGAGAUCCUGGAGUUAGGGUUAGGUCCCCAGCAGGAUGAGGGAGCAUCUGAUCUGACCACCACUGUGGCCAAGGUGUCUGUUGAACAGCACGUUCAUAGAGAAACCAAGGAAGAGUAUCUCUCUGAGGCCUUCAUGAUCAGUGGGUUCUCGGACAGUAUCGUAGACUAUCCCAUAGUUAUGAACCCUCUAGAUCAUGAGUGCAUUGAGGAGCACAGUCAUGCUGUUUUAAGCACCACAAUAAAGUACGUCACCAAGGUUAACUGGCUUUUCAAUGGUAAAUUGGUCAAAUCUGGCAAAGAGUUCACGUGCUCUAAAGACAAUGACACAUACACACUUAUUAUCAACAAAGUUAUCAAGGAGCAUCAAGGAGAAUAUAUCUGUGAGGCUGAGAAUGAAGCUGGCAAGACAAGAACAUCCUCAAGACUGACUGUGGUCUCAAGAGUGAAACCGGUAUUCAGGCACAGACCAGUGCCCCUGGAGGUCAAUGUUGGGAACAACGCCAAGUUUGAAUGUGACACUGAGGAUGCUCCAAAUGUCAACUUCAAAUGGUUCAAGGAAGGAAAGCCUAUUAAAGAUGGGGACAGAUGCAGGAUCAUCAGCCGCUUCAAUGUCUCCUCUCUAGAGCUUAUAAGCCCCACUAAAGCUGACAGCGGGGAGUACUGCUGCAAGGCCUCAAACCAGCACGGCUCCGACAGCUGCUCCAUCACCCUGAACGUCACCGAAACCUUCCUUCCAGCGUUUAUACGUAAGCCUGAAUCUCAGGUUGUGUGUGUGGGAAAGAAGUCCACCAUGCAGUAUGUAGUAACAGGAUCGGAUCCACUCAAUAUUGUCUGGCACAAAGACGAUCAAGUCUUACCUGAUGUACCACACUACCACACCUCUUCAGAAAAGAAUAAACACACUCUUGAAAUCCCCAAUGUGGAGCUGUCAGACCAGGGGGUUUACCUCUGUAGAGUGUCUAAUAGCGCUGGGAUCGCUAUGUGCAGCACAGAGCUCAGUGUCAUUGCCACGCCCAGCUUCGUGACACCCCUUGGCUCUGUGGCAGCUGUUGUUGGGGCUUCUCUCCACCUGGAGGCCCAGGUGGACAAGGACACUGGGGUGACCAUUAUGUGGACCAGAGAUGGGCGAAAAGUCCACCAAUCUCCCGAUUGUAAACUCUCUUUUGAGAAGAAAAGGGUCACGCUUGAUAUCCCAAAGAUCACACUGAAAGAUUGUGGCCAAUAUGUAUGCAAAGCCACAAACGACGCUGGAAGUACAACAUGCUCUGCCACAGUCAGGGUGCAAGAGGCUCCAAGCUUCAUAAAGAGGCUGGAGAGCACUGUAGCCUGGAAGCAGGGCAGCUCUGCUCGACUGCAGUGCAUUGUUAGCGGUUCCCCAGACCUUCAAACAUCUUGGUUCCUCAACGACAGAGAGCUGUCCCCAGGGGAAAGGUAUAGCAUCAGCCUGAAGGACAGUGUUGCUACUCUGGAGCUGAGAAGUGUCAUGCUGUCAGACAGUGGAAACUACACCUGUGAGGUCCUAAACGAGUCAGGCUGUGAGAGCUGCACCAGUAAAGUUACUGUGAAAGAACCCCCUAGUUUCAUGAAGGACCUGCUUUCUGUUGAAGCAGUGAGAGGAUCUGUUGCCAUGUUUGACUGUGAGAUUGAAGGCUCAACACCGUUUGAGGUGACCUGGCUGAAGAAUGGAAAACGUAUUUCUGCAGGCGGGAAAUACAGAAUAGUGUCACAGGGCUCCAUGUCUUCACUUGAGAUCCAUUCUUUUGAAAGUUCUGAUAUUGGAGAUUAUAAGUGUGAUGUAUCAAAUGCAGUUGGUGUAGCAUCCUCCAAGGCAAUGGCUAAGCAGAAAGAACCCCCAGCAUUCUCAAAGAGAGUUGAGAGCAUUGUGGCUGUGUUAGGAAACACAGUCAAACUUCAGGGCAGUAUAAAAGGAUCAGCUCCCCUCACUGUUAAAUGGACGAAAGACUCUGAGAUCCUAAGAGAUGACAAUGCCAAUAUGAGCAUGAGGUUGGAGAACAAUGUUGCCAGCCUUACAUUCUCAUCUGUUGAGGUGGCAAAUGCUGGAAAGUAUGCCUGCCAAGUUGAAAAUGCUGCAGGACGUCAGACAUGUGAAGCUGUUCUAACAGUCCAAGAACCCGCCAGAAUCGUAGAACCUGCAGAGUCCAUUAGUGUGACUGCAGGAGAUUCAGCCACCUUGGAAUGUACAAUCGCUGGAAGCCCAGACCUCAAGGUGCAAUGGUUUAAAGAUGGAAAGGAGGUGACGAGUGGUCGUAAAUACAAAAUCACUCUGAAGGAGAAAACUGCCAUGUUAAAAAUUCUGGCAGCAGCAAAAGAAGAAUCUUCUGAAUUCAGGAUGGAGGUGUCAAACAAAGUGGGCAAGGACCAGUGCAAAAGCUCUGUUACCGUCCUAGGUCGAGCAGUUCCCCCUUCCUUCACUAAAACUCUAAAGAAACUUAAUGCAAAUAUUGGUAAUGAUAUUACCUUGGAAUGCAAAUUCUGUGGGACCCAACCAAUUGUUGUUUGCUGGUACAGAGAUGAUAAAGAGAUCCACAGUGAUACAAAAUAUAAGGUUGAAACGAGGGAGAACAUGGCCGCUCUCCUUAUAAGGAGCCUGGGGCAAAGUGAUGGAGGCAAUUAUAGAUGCCGACUGACCAACGUUGCUGGUCAAAAGGACGACACUGGAACUCUCUGUAUCAAAGAACCCCCAGCUUUUACAGUGAAACCAGAUAACCGGGAGGUAAAAGAAGGCUCCACUAUUUCUUUGAAAUCAGCCUUCACUGGAACAGUUCCUCUGGCUGUCAAGUGGUUCAGGGAAGAAAAGGAAAUUUCCACUGGAGGCUCAUAUUUAAUUAAGAAAGAUGCCUUAUCCAGCACCUUGGAACUCCACUCAGUGAAACCCAGCGACUCUGCUAAGUUCACAUGCCAAGUAUCCAACGAUGCUGGGAAAGUGGACUGUACUGCUGUCCUCGUUGUGAAAGAACCACCAACCUUUUCAUUGAAGCUUGUUCCCUCACGCCUAGUGAAAACGGGACAGCCUCUGACAUUGUCUUGCAAAGUAGAGGACAGCCCUGGGCUUAGUGUGAAGUGGUUUAGGAAUGGCUGUGAGAUCAUUUCAAACUACAGACAGCUGGUGCGUUUCUCUAACUCAGUGGCAUCUUUGGAGGUGAUAGACAAUAGCGUGGACGAUAGUGGAGAAUAUGUCUGUGUGGCGUCGAGUGCGGCUGGUAGCAAUCACUGCAGCUGUACUGUAACAGUCAAAGAGCCCCCUGUUUUUGUGAGGCCUCUAAGGUCUGCCACCCUGGUAAAGGGAUGCGACAUUGUCUUGGAAGGAAGAGUCUCAGGCUCUUCCCCCUUUGAAAUAUAUUGCUCCCAUAAUGGUGAGCCCAUCCAAAAUGACCGAAGGCAUUACAUCCAUUUUGAAAAAGACACCAUUAAACUUAUGGUCUCCAAGUGUGAGGCCGGAGAUGCUGGGAAGUACCAGUGCACUGUUACAAAUGAAGUCGGAGAAAUAUCUAGUUAUUGUCACAUAUCACUGAAAGAACCACCAUCAUUUGUUCAGAGACUAGAGGACCUGACGUACCAGGUGGGCUCAGAGGUCUCUCUCAAGUGCAUGCUAACCGGAUCACUCCCCAUGGAGGUAUCCUGGGUCAAAGACAACUGUGAGCUCAAAGAAGAUGAGCACAUCAAGAUGUCUUAUGAGGCCAAAACUGCCAUGUUGAAUUUGAAAAACACUCAGAAGACGCACAGUGGGAAAUAUGUCUGUCAUGUCCACAAUGAAGCCGGAAGUCAGAAAUGUGUUGCUGUUCUCACAGUGACAGAAAGUAAAGUUCCUCCGAGCUUCACCAAGAGGCCUGCCGAAUCCAUGGAGGAUACAGUGGGUAAGGUGGUGAAGAUGGAGGCUCGAUUGUCUGGCUCCCAGCCCAUCAGCGUCUCCUGGUUUAAGGAUGGUAGUCAGAUCCACAGCUCUGACAAACAUGACGUCAGCCUCAGGAACAACACAGCCCUUCUCGCAAUAAAAGACACCUUGGUCUUUGACCAGGGUCGUUAUUCUUGUGAGGCAACCAAUGAGGCUGGAAAAGAGUCCUUCCAGGUUUCCCUUACUAUCUCAGAGGCUGCAAAGAAGCCUGUAUUUGACAUCCCUCUCAAAUCGGAGACGGUGAAAGAGGGCGACAAGCUUAGCCUUACCUGCCACGUCUGUGGCUCUCCUCCACUGAAGAUCCAGUGGAUGAAGGAUAGAAAGGAGCUGAAAUCCAGUGGGAACACCAGGAUUACUUUAGUGGAUGGUACAGCAAGCCUGGAAACCAGCAAAGUGUCCAAGGCUGAAGCAGGAGAUUAUCUGUGCAAGGCCAGCAAUGCUGAGGGCAGUGAGUUCUGCAAGUCCAAGGUCACUGUGAAAGACAAAGGGACUAAGGCUGAACCUAGCGAGGCGGCAGCAGCUGCUGGAACUUCUCCAACAAAGCGUCUGGAUAACCUCUUCUUCAUCGAGGAGCCCAAGAGUGUCUCUGUCGCAGAGAAGGGCACUGCUACCUUUAUCGCCAAGGUUGGAGGUGAUCCCAUUCCCAAUGUGAAAUGGAUGAAGGGGAAGUGGAGGCAGAUCACCCCUGGUGGUCGUAUCUCUGUGGAACACAAAGGGCAGGAGGCCAAGCUGGAGAUCAGAGAAGUGACCAAGUCUGACUCUGGCCAGUACAGAUGUGUGGCCUCCAGCAAACGCGGAGAGAUUGAAUGCAGUACAGACAUGGAGGUCAACAAGAAGGAAGAGGCGGAAGGAGUUGGGGACUUUAGGGCCAAGCUCAAGAAGACUCCAUCCAAGACGAAGAGUCCAAAGAAAGAGGGAGAGGUUGAUAUCGUUGAGCUACUGAGAGGUCAUGACCCCAAAGAUUAUGAGAAGAUUCUCCUCGACCAUGACAUCCACGACUACCGGGCAAUUCUUGAGGCUAUUUCUUUCUUGAAGAAAGAGAAAGAGGAUGAGACAGGAAAAGUGGAAGUGGAGCGCGGAGGCCGAGUAGACGAAGAGGACAUGGCUAGACUCAUCCAGCAGUUGGAGGGCCGCGCUGGCACAGAGCCUGUCUCUGUGUUAAAAGACAUCAGUGACCAGACCACUGCUGAGAAGCAGGUGGCCACCUUUGAGUGCCAGGUCACCAUCAACUACCCUGAGAUCACCCUGUCCUGGUACAAGGGCACCCAAAAGCUGGACAACAGUGACAAGUAUGACAUUAGUGUGGUAGGGGAUCGCCACUACCUCAGAAUCAAGAAGUGCAGUGAUAAGGACCAGGGCGACUACCGCGUGGUGUGUGGCCCUCAUAUCUCCAACGCCAGACUCACCGUCACCGUGGUAGCGAGUGUGGACACACUGGGAGAGACCAAGAGCUCAGCAGAGCUCUCCCUUUCAGGCAAAGAAAUUGGUUUGGGACAGGUUCCCUAUGAUAUCCAAGACAAAACAAUUCGAGUACAAGAAACAUCAUCUCAGUUUACUUACACGGAUUCGUCUGAGUUCUAUCACUACGAAGAGAAAACGGAAGUAAAAGAAGAAAGGAAACCAGUUAUAGAACGUGUUGAGAAGACACGAGUCAAAGUUCCUGAAGCUGACCGCAGACCAGAGGAGAAACUCUCUGUAGCCCAGCCUCCUGUCCCUGUAGCACCGCCCCCUGUUCAAGUACCUGAAAUCAAGAAGCCUGAACCCCAAGUGAGCCCUGUUCCUUCGCGCAGAGAAGAGGAAACUGCAUUCCCAGAAGUCCCUGUGGCUCAGCCAUCUGCCACCAAGGUCCACACUCCUAAAGCUCCUCCCAUUACUGCCAAAGUACCUAAGGAACCUGUUCAAACAAUCACUCCUAAGCUUACCACACCAAAAGAACAAGUUCCUUCUGGAGUUGUUCCCAGACCAGUGGAACCAGUUGUUGAUCGACCUGCCUCCAAGGUUACUCUGCCCAUGAAAGAUGUACCCCUACCUCAAGUCUCAGAACCCAGAAAACAAUGUGACCCACAACCUCCAAGCCGACCCCAGAAACCCCCAUCAGAAGCUUUAAAAACAGGAGCUGAUGUUAAACCUGAUGCUGAUCAGGCUCGGCCAGAACCGCUUUCUACUUUUAAAGUUCCAGAGCCACUGGCUCAGAAGCCACAGCAAGCCAUGCCAGAAACAAUAGCACCUGUUUCAGAAGAAACCAAGCUUGUUCCCAGGAGGCCCAGAGAGGAAACAAGCAUUGUUCCUCAGCCAACAGAGCUGACCCAAAAGGCUUCUACAUUUGUUCCAUUCAGCCCAGAGGCCAGAACAGAACAAGUAUCCAAUAAGACUACAGAAAUACCUAAACCAGCAGCAGUGGAACCAAAGCCACUAUGUAAAGCUCCUGAUAAGUCAAAACAAAUCACAGAAAAACCUCAAGAAGUCAAACCGAAGGAAUUACCACAGGAUAAAUCUGGAGUAGAUAAACCACAACUGGAUAAGAGAACGCCCACCACAGAUGCUCACCUUCUGAUGAAGACUGAGCAGGAAGCAAGAAUAAGAGCUGAACAGAGGAAGAACGUAUCCACAGAAGAAAGGAGGAUUUAUCUGGAGAAGAGUUCCAGUGAGCUGAAUAGUCUGACAGAAUUCAGAUCCACUUCAGAGGAAGUGGGGUCAUGUGAUCACAGGAAGGAACCAAUUAGAAGUGAGAUGAGAAAAAAAACGGUGGCAGUAACAGAUGAGGUUAGCACAGAGUACAGGGAAAUACAUAAAAUACACAGCAUUGAAGGUACCGUGGCCAAACCAAAGGAAAAACUUUACGAAGACAUCAGACCUGCUGCCAAAGAUGUAAAAGGUUUAUCUGCUAAGUCUGUGAGUCCUCCUCAAAUCAAGAAGGACUUAGCAACACCAAGUUCCUCACACCAUUCUCCACUUAGCCAGUCUACAACAGCUAGUCCACCUAGCCAGUCUCCAUUAGCUAGACAGUCUCCAACAGAUAGUCCACCUAGCCAGUCUCCAACGGCUAGUCCAUCUCACCAGUCCCCGCCUAGCCACUCCCUUCCCAAGAGAGAAGUACUGAUACCUGAGAAAACAGCAGAACCACCAAUUCCAAUAUUAUCAAGUAGAGUGGAAAUCUCUUGUGAGAAGGCUAUUUCACUGGAAAAGAGGGUUGAUCAAAGACAUGUGUGUCAACAAACUGAGAGAUCCAUUACUGCUCUUCCAGUGGAAGAUUUGAUCCUAUUCAAAAAACCUUCUACCCAUGACGCCACAGCCGUUAAGAUGCCACAAGCAACUAAGAUGGUCCUUCAAAGGAAACAAGUUGACUCUGUUGGAGAUAAGCAAGCUCCCAGAGCAAGGCAGUCUAUGGGUGAAUCAAGAGCAGUUUCUCCGAAACAAGAGACACCCGUAGAACAACAACAUCCCACACCUAAAUCUUCCCCACAAAGGCAAGACAGCAAGAAAACAAAGCAAUUGGAGAACAUCGAAGAGCCAAAGCAAAUGAAAGUGCCUCCUCAAGAAGAGAAGAAACCUUCAGAACCAGCAGCAAAGCCUGCUCCUACUCCUCCUCCUCUUUCAGUCACGGUGGAUGCUCCUCCAGCUAAAGCCUAUCCCGUGGAGAAGAUAAAGGCUGCCCGGGUGGAGAAGAAAAGUCCCCCACCCGCAACCAUGGAGAACUCUCCUCCUGAAGACAAGGGGCCUGUCACAACACCAGGACCAACUAAAGCUCCGUGUAGUAAACCAAAGGAUAAGAUUCCUGUUAAGGAGGCAAAGUAUUCAGAUACAUCAAAGUUAAAGAAAAAAGUCCCACAAUUGCCAAAAGAGGAGGAUCCUGUCCCUGAAAUGAUCAAACUAAAGAAAAUUCCGGUGCCAAGUAAACCCCAAGAAUCUGAUAAGGAAAACCUAAGGUCUAAAGUGGAGGUAACCAGGCGUCCUGACUCAGAACCCAUAGCUCAUGCACGUCAUCAUAGAGAUCAUCCUGAGAUGAAAGAGAAGGCGGGAGAAGUCUUUUCAGCACAAGAAGAAGGGUCUGAACGGGGCCAUUCUGAGGCACCUGAAAUCACUGGGGCAGAAGAGGAGAAUAAUAGAUGGACAAGUACCCCUAAAGUCUCGAUGGAGGUAGAGCCUGAACCAGACCUUGCGAAAAAGAAAAUUAAAAAGUUGUCAAAAGAUGAAGAGGAGGAAGAAAUGGUUAAAUUGAAACCCAUUAAAAAGCAUGUGAAACCAGAGGUGACCGAGCCCCCCCAAGCUACCAAAGACAGUGGUUCAAGUAAAGAUAUUGAGGCCAGACCACGGAGGACAGCUGGGACCGUCCAGAUCGAUGAACCCACUGUUAGGAAACCAGAGGUUGAACCAGCAGUUACCGAUGGAACUGCUGAUGCUGUCAGCAAACCAGGAGAUGAAGAAUCACCGCCACCUGCAACCAGGACCAGGAGGACUCCCGAUGCCCAGGUGGACCAGGAGGUGUUCACACUUAAGAAGCUGCUUGAUAAAAUUCCCAAAGCAAGAGAACAAGAUGCUGACAAGCCUCCAACAAAAGUUAAGGUUACUGCCGUACCAGAUAAAGAAAAAGGGCAGAUUGCAUUAAAACAUUUAACCAAGAUCCCAAAGGAUGACGAAAAACUAACAACACCUCAAUUACCUGAUAAGAAACAAUUAGCAGAGCCCACCGAACAGCAGCACAGGGAUAGUCCUGUCAGUAGUGAAAAGGAGAAGGGCGUUAAGCCAGCCAAGUCCAUCAAACAUCCAAGUCCUCCUGGAGCAGAACCCCCAGCAACCAAAGAACAGCCCCUGCUGAAAGCAGCUGGAAAAACUGGAGAAGGAAUUCAACAAAAGCUUCAAGCAGUUGGGAAGAAAGGUUUGGAAAUUAAAAAGACUCCAUCACCAACAGCAGUUAAAGAAAUGCAAAAAGAGGAGGGACUUUUCAAGCUAGUUGAGCAGCUCAAGAAGUUUGAGUUGAAAAAGACCCCGACACCCAAAGUUGAUAAACCAAUGCCUGAAGAGGUGGAAUCACUUCUAAUUGAUAGAAAACUAAGUGGUUCAAAAGAAAUCAGGAUCCCGAAAACAGUUUCCCCAAAAGAUUCAGUUGAGGCUGUGGCUCUCAAAACAGUUCCCAGGAAACCCUCCCCAGAAGAGGAGAAGGCUGGAGAGGGAGUGAAGCCCAGCAAAGGGAAGGUCCCCAUGUCCAAGGAGGUUUCUCCAGGAUCCGUGAAGUUCCCCAUGUCCAAGGAGGUUUCUCCUGGAUCUGUGAGGGUCCCCAUGUCCAAGGAGGUUUAUCCUGGAUCUGUGAAGGUCCCCAUGUUCAAGGAGGUUUCUCCUGGAUCUGUGCAGCUGAGGAAGGUCCCUACUCAGCUGGAGGAGGAGGUAUUUGGAGAGGAGUACGAGGGACAGCCAGACGAGGGGAAAGAUAAUGAGGAGGUUUGGGGCUGGGAGAUGGUGCCCAUAGAGGAAUGUGAAGAUAGAGAAGAGGAGGGGUUUGUUGAAACCCCAGGCAUGCCUGGAGCUAAACGAGAUGGAAGGCCAGCUGAAGAGCUUCCUAAAGGCAGAGGCCGAGGACUUGGGGCCAAGCAGACCCCAUCUCCUGGUGAUGGAGGCCGAGGCAGGGGCCUGAAGCCUGGGGGAAAGGGCCCGUCCCCACCAGAUGAGCCCUUCGCAGGAUUCAAGCUCAAAGCUGUUCCUCUGAAGUUCAUCAAAAAGCUUCAAAACAUUGUGUUGACAGAGGCAGAGUCUAUUGGCUCAUCUGCUGUAUUUGAGUGUGAUGUUUCCCCCUCUACUGCCAUUGCUUCCUGGAUGAAGGAUGGAAGCAACAUUCGCGAAAGCCCCAAACACAAAUUCACUGCAGAUGGUAAAGACCGCAAGUUGAACAUUAUUGAUGUGCAGCUUUCUGAUGCUGGUGAAUACACGUGCGUGCUCAAGAAUGCCGGAAAGGAAAUAUCGUGCACAGCCAAGCUCAUUGUUGAAGAGCUUCCAGUGAAAUGGAUCAAGGAGCUGGAGCCCGAUACAUCCUGCAUCAAAAGUCAGCCCAUGUACCUGAUCUGUGAGCUGAACAAAGAGAGGGACGUGGUCUGGAAGAGGAACGGAGCGCCCCUCAACAGUAAGGCUGGCAAGAUCGCCAUUAACAUCAUUGGUCUGCAGCACGCUGUGACCGUCCAGAACACCACCGAGGAGGAUGCCGGCCUUUACACUUGUGAGGUGGCCAAUCAACCAGAAGUAAAAACUUCAACUGCUGUUAAGAUCAUUGAAAUCAUCAAGGACUGGCUGGUGAAGCCUCUAAGAGACCAGCAUGUGAAACCCAGGUCUAAGGCCACAUUCAAGUGCGAGCUGUUUAAGGACACUCCCAACGUGAAGUGGUUUAAAGGAGAUGAGGAGAUGGCUCCGUCUGAUAAGGUGGAGCUGAAGAAAGAUGGAAAGGACAUGAGUCUCACCAUCAACAACUGCCAGCCUAGUGAUGUUGCAGAGUACACCAUUGCGGUGGAAGAUCGUAGAUAUGCAGCCAAACUCACCCUGGGAGAGCGCGAGGCGGAGGUCCUGAAGCCACUCUCUAAUGUGGAGGUGACCGAAAAGGAACAAGCUAACUUUGAAACGGAGAUCUCCGAGGAUGAUGUGGUUGGAGAAUGGAAGCUGAGAGGCCAAGUCCUGAGCAGGACGCCGACAUGUGACAUCCGGGCGGAGGGCCGAAAGCGUUUCCUGACCCUGAAGAACGUUCAGUUGGACCAGGCCGGGGAGGUGUCUUACCAGGCUCUCAAUGCCGUCACCAGCUCCAUGCUCACCGUCAAAGAAAUCCAAAUGGGCUUUGUUCUCCCACUGGAGGAUGUUUCUGUGCAUGAAAAGAAACAGGCUAAGUUUGAAUGCAUCAUCACAAAGGAGGUGUCAAAGGUCAUGUGGUUCAGACGGUCUGACAUCAUCACCCCGAGUCCCAAAUAUGAACUUAUUGACGAUGGAAAGAAACACAUGCUGAUCAUAAACAGCUGUGAGAUUGAUGAUGAAUCCCAGUAUUCUAUUGAAGUGUUGGACCAAAAGUCCUGCGCUCAGCUCACUGUGGAAGGAAUGAGGCUCAAAUUGACCAAGCCCCUUCAGAACCAAACCCAAAAGGAAGGUUGCACGGCAAUCUUUGAGUUGAAGCUGAGUCACGAGAACGUGCCAGUGGUUUGGUACCGUAAUGAAGUAAAACUUCAUGUGAGCAGAACAGUGCUCACCUAUGUUGACGGAGUGAAACACAGUCUAGAAAUGAGGAUGCUCAGUCUAGACGACACUUGCCAGAUUAAGGCAGAGGCCAAAGGCAUUAACUCAAUGGCAAAACUGACGGUCAUAGAGGGAGAUGCUCUGUUCACCGUCAAGCUCCAGGACUACACAGCGACGGAGAAGGAUGAGGUGACGCUGGACUGUGAACUCAGCAAAGAUGUCCCUGUGAUGUGGUACCACAACGAGAAGGAGCUCAUCACAUCCAAGAUGGUGCUGAUGAAAUCUGAGGGGUUGCGUAGAGUUCUGGUCUUGAAGAAGGUGGAGGAAAAAGAUAAAGGACAAUAUGCAUGUGACUGUGGAACAGACAAGACCACGGCUAAAGUUAUUAUUGAAGCUCGUGACAUCAAGGUGGUGCGUCCUCUGUAUGGGGUGGAGGUGUUUGAUGAGGAGACGGCUCGUUUUGAGGUGGAGAUCUCGGAGGAUGACGUCCAUGGCCAGUGGAAACUGAACGGAGAAGUCCUCAGCGCUUCUUCUGAUGUUGAAAUCGUUGAGGAGGGAGGCAAGCACACUCUGAUCUUAUACAACUGUAAGGUCCUCCAGACAGGAGAGGUGUCGUACAGCGCUGCCAAUGCCAAGUGCUCUGCUAACCUGAAAGUGAAGGAACUCCCCCUGAACUUCACCACGCCACUGAGCGAUGUGCUCGUCUACGAGAAGGACGAGGCCCGGUUCGAGGUGGAGGUGUCCAGGGCAUCCAAGACCACCAGAUGGUUGAAGGGAACUCAGGAGCUGGAGAAUAAUGAGAAGUACGAGAUCAUCCAAGAGGCCAACAUGCACAUGCUGGUGAUAAAGUCUGCUGCCUAUGAAGACGAGGCCAAGUACAUGUUUGAGGCUGAAGACAAGCGCACAUCGGCCAAACUUGUCAUACAAGGUAUCCGACUGGAGUUUUUGAAACCGAUUAAAGACGUGACUGUGAAGGAGCGUGAGACCGCAGAGUUCAGCAUCGAACUCUCCCAUGAGAAGAUCCAGGUCUCUUGGUACAAGAACGAUGUCCGCCUGCACCCCAGCAAGGUGGUCCACAUGUCGGACCAGGCCAAGACCCACACCCUGGCCUUCAAGGAAGUGACCAUCGAUGACACCUCCCUGAUCAGGGUGGAGGCCAUGGGCAAGACAGCCUCAGCCAUGCUCACUGUCAUUGAGGGAGACUUGUACUUCACCACCAAGCUGCAGAACUACACAGCUGUGGAGAAGGAUGAUGUUUCUCUGGUCUGUGAACUCAGUAAGUCUGUAGCAGAGGUCAAAUGGUUCAAGGAUGGGAAAGAAAUAAUUCCCUCCAAGACAAUUUCUGUCAGAGCCGAUGGCAAAAAGCGCAUCUUGACAGUGAAGAAGGCAUCUAAGGCCAACAUCGGGGCGUACACCUGCGACUGUGGCUCGGACAAAACCAUCGCUAACCUCAACAUUGAAGAACGCGACAUCAAGGUGGCACGUCCGCUGUACAGCGUGGAGGUCACAGAGACAGAGACGGCUAAGUUUGAAACAGAGAUCUCGGAGGCGGAUGUGCAUGGAAACUGGAAGCUCAAGGGAGAACCACUCCACCAGUCCAACGACGUGGAGAUCAAGGAGGAAGGCACCAAACACAUGCUUGUCCUCUUCAACGUCCGCAUGGAUAUGGCCGGAGGAGUGGACUUCUCUGCAGCUAAUGCUAAAUCUACGGCCCAGCUCAGAGUCAAAGCCCGCAGUAUCUGUUUGAGCAGACCUCUGAAGGACGUGACCGUGACCGCUGGAGAGACCGCCACCUUUGAGUGUGAGCUGUCCUACGAGGGCAUCCCCGUGGAGUGGUUCCUGGGGGGGCAGAAGAUGGAAGCCAGCAGCCGGGUUGUGACUCGCAUGGAAGGCAAGACCCAUUCUCUGACGGUCAGGGACGUUAAGCUGUCUGAAGCUGGAGAGGUCAAGCUCACUGCUAAAGACUUCCAGACCCAAGCUACGCUCACCGUCAGAGAGCCACCGGUAGAGUUCAGCAAACCUCUGGAGGACCAGACGGUUGAAGAAGAGGCCACUGCCACCCUUGAGUGUGAAGUGUCCAGGGAGAACGCUGAGGUCCAUUGGUUCAGAGAUGGACAGGAGAUCCGCAAGACCAAGAAACAUGAAAUUAUUAUUGAUGGACGCAAGAGAGCCCUCAUCAUUCGUGACUGCACUACAAACGACGCCAAGAUGUACACCUGCAACGCAAAGGACUUCAAAACCUCCUGCUUCCUGGAAGUCCAGCCUCCUCUUGUUGAGUUCACUAAAGGUCUCAAGGACGUAGAGGUUUUGGAGAAGGAAUCAGCCAGGUUUGAGUGUGAAGUCUCAAGGGAGUCUGCCAAGGUUUGCUGGUUCAAAGAUGGAAAUGAGAUCAGGAAAGGAAAGAAGUAUGAGAUCAUCGCCAAGGGAGUCCAGAGAACCCUCAUCGUACACAAAUCAUGUUUUGAUGACGAGGCGGAAUAUGAAUGCGAUGCAAGGACGUCCAAAUCAACCGGCCUGCUGACUGUUGUCGAGGAGGAAGCUAGGUUCACCAAGAACCUGUCCAACGUGGAUGGGACGGAGACAGACAGUGUCAAACUGAUCUGUGAAGUGUCCAAGCCCUGUUCAGAGGUCACCUGGUACAAAGGGGAGCGGGAGCUGCCUGAGGGAGGUCGCUAUGAACAGAUCAUGGAUGGAAAGAGAAGGAUUCUCAUCAUCCAGGACCUGAAGAUGGUAGAUGUUGGGGAAUACACCUGUAGACUGAGUCCCAAUGUGAAGACAUCAGCUAAUCUUAAACUGAACGAACUCGCUGCUGAGUUCAUCUCCAGGCCUCAGAACCAGGAGGUGGUGGAGGGAGAGAAGGCCGAAUUCGUCUGCUCCGUCUCCAAGGAAACCUAUGAGGUUAAGUGGUUCAGAGGUGACAAGGAGAUAAACGUAGGUGACAAGUAUGACAUAGUGAGUGAAGGGAAGAGAAGAGCACUGAUUGUGAAAAAAUGUGAGACCAAGGAUGAAGGAGGCUAUGUUGCACACAUUGGAGACGUCAAGGCCUCAGCUGAUCUUUAUGUAAUUGAGAAAUUAAGAAUCAUCACGCCCAUUAAAGAUGCAGAAGUGAAGGAGGGAAGUGAGAUCAUGUUUAACUGUGAGGUGAACUCUGAGGGAGCCAAGGCGAAGUGGCUGAAGAACGUUGAGACCAUGUUUGAGAGCGGCAAGUACGUCAUGCUCCAGAGAGACCAUGUGUUCUCUCUGAGGAUCAAAGAUGCCCAGAAGUCAGACGUGGCCAACUACUCCAUCAUCCUGACCAACCACAGAGGAGAGCAGGCCAAGAGUGAAGCCAGUGCUAAAGUAGCAGCGGAGAAGGUGAAAUUCCUGGAGUCCAUAGAGGAUGUCGAGACCCAGGAGAAGAAGACAGUGAGCUUCAGCUGUAAAGUGAACAGACCGGAGGUCACGGUCCGCUGGACAAAGGCAGGGCAGGAGGUGGUCCUCAGCAAGAGGAUCCUCUACAGGGUGGAUGGACUCAAGCAUACACUGACCAUCAAGGACUGUGUCAUGGAUGAUGAGGCAGAGUAUGCAGCCAUGGUGGGAGAGGACAAGUGUGCAGGAGAGCUGAUCAUCAGCGAGGCACCCACAGACUUCACAGCUCAGCUCAAAGACCAGACCAUCACAGAGUUUGAGGAUGCAGAGUUCACCUGCAAGUUGUCCAAGGAGAAGGCAGCUGUCAAGUGGUACAGAAAUGGACGUGAGAUCAGAGAAGGGACAAGAUACCACAAGGAGAGAGAUGGCAAAACAUGCAAACUGAUAAUCAAGCAGUGCCGACCGGAUGAUGAGUGUGAAUACGCUUGUGGCUUGGAUGAAAGGAGAUCCAGAGCCAGGCUCUUUGUUGAAGAAACCCCAGUCGAGAUCAUCAGACCCCCCCAAGAUGUGUUCGAGCCCCCAGGGUCAGACGUUGUGUUUGAGGUGGAGCUCAAUAAGGACAGAGUGGAAGUCAAGUGGAUGAGAAACAAUAUGAUCAUUGUCCAAGGAGAUAAGUACCAGAUGAUCAGCGAGGGGAAGAUCCACCGCCUGCAGGUGUGUGAGAUCCGCCCUCGCGAUCAAGGAGAGUACAGGAUUGUGGCCAAGGAGAAAGACGCCCGGGCCAAGCUGGAGCUGGCAGCCGUGCCAAAGAUCAAGACCACAGAUCAGAACCUGGUUACCGAUGCCGGGAAGCCCUUCGUCAUGAGCGUUCCCUACGAUGCGUAUCCUCGCGCCGACGCAGAGUGGUUCCUUCAGGGUUCCUCUCUCCCAGUCCAGAACGUGGACACUACCACGGACAAGACUGAAUACCGUCUGAAGUGUCCCACCAAGGAAGAGAAGGGCAGGUACAAGGUGAUCAUUAAGAACAAGCAUGGAGAGGGAGAGGCUUUCAUCAACCUGGAUGUCAUAGACGUCCCUGGUCCUGUCAAGGCACUGAAGGUGACUGACACCACUGACGGUGAGGUGAGUCUGGCCUGGGAGGAGCCAGAGAGCGACGGCGGAAGCAAGAUUGUUGCUUACGUGGUGGAGAGACGAGACAUGAAGCGUAAGACCUGGACCCUGGCAACAGACCGUGCAGAUACUCCAGAGUACUGUGUGAGCGGUCUGCAGAAGGACUCAUGGUACCUGUUCAGAGUCUGCGCUCGCAAUCGAGUGGGCAGCGGGCCCAGCGUCAGCACAGAUGAUGCUGUUCAGGCCAAGAAUAAGUUUGAUGUGCCUGGUGCUCCUGAGAAUGUCAGGGUCAGUGUGGUCAACAGGUUUGGAGCCACCAUCACUUGGGAGCCUCCCAUGUCUGAUGGAGGCUCUGACAUCACUGCCUACAUCAUAGAACUGCGCGAUAGGACCUCCGUCAAGUGGGAGGUGGCCACUAUUUGUAGUGUGUCUGACCGCUCUGCCGCCCUGAACGACGUGGUGGAGAAUAAAGAGUACAUCUUCAGAGUCCGAGCUGAAAACAAGGCUGGGAUGGGCAGACCCAGCGCCGCGACCAAACCUGUCAAGAUCAUGGAUCCCAUCGAGAGGCCAAGUCCUCCUCUGAACCUGAACUACAGUGAACAGGCCAAGGCUGGAGUGUCCCUCUCCUGGGAGACCCCCACUAGUAAUGGAGGCAGCAUGAUCACCGGCUACAUCAUCCAGAAGUGUGAUGAUGGAUCAGACAAGUGGCUCCGCUGCAACACCAGGCUCUGCCAGGACCUCUCCUACCGGGUGACUGGUCUGAAGCCUUCUCAGAAGUACCUCUACAGAGUUUUUGCUGAGAAUGCUGCUGGAAUCUCUGAUCCCACCGAGCAACUGGGACCCCUUCUGGCUGAUGACACUCACGUGGCUCCUACCUUCGACCUGAGUGCCUUCAGGAAUGGACUGGAGGUGAUAGUUCCUCAGCCUCUCACCAUCCGCGUGCCAAUCACCGGAUACCCCACCCCGACUGCAAAGUGGACCUUUGGAGACAAGGAGCUGACUUCUACAGAUGAACGAGUUACCAUGGUGACCAAGUCGACCUACACAGAGCUGGUGGUGACCCCUAGUUUGCGUCCAGAUCAGGGCACCUACUCCCUGGCACUGGAGAACGAUGUCAUCUCCGUCUCUGGGGAGAUUGAAGUGACCGUCAUCGCCUCUCCCAGCGCCCCCAAGGACCUGAAGGUAGCUGAGGUGACCAGGCGCCACGUCCACCUCAUGUGGGAAGCCCCCGACCACGACGGAGGAAGCCCAGUCACCCACUACCAGAUUGAGAAGAGGGAGGUGUCCCGCAAGACCUGGGUCAAGGUGGCCGUGAACGUUCUGGACCUGGAGCACACGGUGACCGACGUGAUGGAGGGUAAGGAGUACUUGUUCAGCGUUACAGCCUGCAACAAGUGUGGUCCAGGAGAACCAGCCUACAUCGAUGAGCCGAUCAACAUCUCCUCUCCUGCCACUGUGCCUGACGCCCCGGAAAACCUGAAGUGGAGAGAUAAGGGUGCCAAGACCAUCUUCCUGUUUUGGGAGCCCCCCAAGUACGAUGGGGGCUCGUACAUCAAGGGCUAUGUGGUGGAGAAGUGCCAGAGAGGGUCGGACAAGUGGGAGCCCUGCGGAGAGCCCAUUCCUGAGCUCAAGUUCCUGGUGAAGGGUCUGAUUGAGGGCCAGUGGUACUCCUACCGUAUCAAGGCCUUCAACAAGCUGGGAGCAGGGAAGCCCUGUAGGGCCACCGACGAGAUCCAGGCUGUGGACGCUAAAGAGCCUCCGGUGAUCCAGCUGGACGUGAAGCUGCUGGCAGGCCUGACUGCCAGAGCCGGCACCAAGUUUGAACUCCCUGCCGAUGUUACGGGGAAGCCGGACCCCAGGGUGAAGUGGACCAAGGCUGACCUGGUGCUGAAGACCAACGAGCGCAUCGCCAUAGACACCAAGCCUGGACACUCCAAGCUGUCCAUAGACAAGAGCACCAGAGGAGACACGGCGACCUACAUCAUCGAGGCCGUCAACACUUGUGGACGCGCCACCGCCACUAUCGACGUCAACAUCCUCGAUAAGCCUGGUCCUCCCGCUGCCUUUGACCUCUCUGAGAUCACCAACGAGUCCUGCUUCCUGGCCUGGAACCCCCCGAGAGACGACGGAGGUUCCAACGUCACCAACUACAUUGUAGAGAGACGACAGACAGACAAGGAGGAAUGGAUCAAGCUAUCAGCCACAGUCAAGCAAACCACCUUCAGUGCCUGUAAACUGACCCCUCUGAAGGAAUACAUCUUUAGAGUGAGCGCUGAGAACCAGUACGGAAUCAGCCAGCCUGCCGUGCAUGUCCCCAUCGUGGCCAAGUACUCCUUCGAUCCGCCUGGUUGCCCAACCAGAGUCACUCCUUCAGACAUCACUAAGGAUGCAGUCACUCUCACAUGGUUUGAGCCUGACGAGGAUGGUGGCAGCCCCAUCACUGGAUACUGGAUCGAAAAGUUUGACCGAGAGAGUGACAAGUGGAUUCGAUGCAACAAACUCCCUGUUAAGGAUGCUACAUUUAGGGUGAAGGGCCUGCCGACCAAGAAGAAGUAUAGCUUCCGCGUUUUGGCUGAGAACUUGGCUGGACCCGGUAAACCCAGCGUGGAAACAGAUCCCAUCCUCAUCAAGGAUCCAAUUGACGCUCCAUGGGCUCCAGGCAAGCCACUCGUGAAAGAUAUCGGCAAGACCACGGCCAACCUGCUGUGGACCCGGCCGGAGCACGACGGCGGUGCCAAGAUCGAGGGCUACAUCAUUGAAUUCCAAAAGGCAGGAAGUGAGGAAUGGGUCCGUAUCGCAGAGGACAUUCCUGUGACGGAGCACCUGCUCAAAGGUCUGAUGGAGAGGCAGGAGUACUGUUUCCGGGUCAAGGCCGUCAACAAGGCCGGAGAGAGUGAACCCAGCGAGCCCAGCGACCUUGUGCUCUGCAAGGAGAGACUCUAUCCCCCGUCGGCUCCUCAGUGGCUGGAGGUGACAAACAUCACCAAGGUCAGUGCUGACCUCAAAUGGCAGUUGCCCAGCAGCGACGGAGGCUCCCCCAUCACCAACUACGUGGUGGAGAAGAGGGACGUGAGGAGGAAGGGCUGGCAGGCGGUGGACACCACGGUGAAGGAGCUCAAGUACUGUGUGACUCCCCUCAAUGAGGGCACCCUGUAUGUGUUCAGAGUGGCUGCUGAGAACGCCUGUGGGAUGGGGGAGUUCUGUGAGCUGGAGGAUGCGGUGCUCGCCAAGGACACGUUCACCACUCCUGGGCCACCGUACGCGCUGACGGUGGUGGAGGUUACCAAGAGACACGUGGAGCUGAAAUGGGAAGCCCCCAAAAGCAAUGGUGGAAGACCCAUUACCAAGUAUGUGAUUGAGAAGAAGGAGAAACUGGGCAGCCGCUGGCUGAAGUGCUGUAAGACUCCUGACAAGCAGAGCCAGUACAAAGUGACUGAUGUGGACGAGGGGACCGAGGUCCAGUUCCAGGUGCGAGCGGAGAACAAGGCUGGCGUCGGAGAUCCCAGUGAGCCCACUGAGAUCUUCACCAUCGAAGACCCAACCAGCCCUCCGUCUCCUCCCCAGCAGGUGGCCAUCCCCGACGCCAGCAGGCUGCACAUCAACGUGACGUGGAAGCCUCCUACUAAGGACGGAGGCUGCCCCAUCACCGGCUACCACGUGGAGGUGGCAGAGGCCCGCCCAGAGCUUAAGUGGCUCCGGGUCAACACCCGACCAAUCAAGGAGCUCCAGUUCCGCGUUGAUGACGGAAUCAAACCAGAGAAGAAGUAUGUCAUCAGGGUGCGCGCCAUCAACUCCAUCGGUGUCAGUGAUCCCUCAGAGAUAACCGACAAGAUCUUCACCAAGGAUCCUGACUGCGCCCCGACCCUGAAGCUUGACGGAAAAGACUUAGUGGUGGUUGAGGGGGAGAAGCUCCACCUCAACAUCCCCUACACCGCCAUCCCCACACCCAGCAUGGUGUGGCAGAAGGACAAGGUGGAGUGUAAGGCAGACGACAAGACCUCCAUGACCAUGGAGAUGAGCAAUGCUCACCUGGAGAAGCUGAGGUGUUCCCACGGCGACGCCGGAGAGUAUACCAUCACCCUGAAGAAUAGUCUGGGAAUCGUCAGCGAGACCGUCAACGUCAAAGUCAUUGGUCUUCCUGGUCAGUGUAAGGACAUCAGCUCCAGUGAUGUCACAAAGAACUCCUGCAAAAUGAGCUGGAAAGCCCCCGAGAACAACGGGGGCACACCCAUCGUCAGCUACACCCUGGAGCGCCGUGAGUCCUCCAAGAAGACCUUUGUCCCGGUCCUGUCAGGGGAGGACCUCCUCUCCUGCUCCGUCAAGGACCUCUACGUCAACUGUCAGUACCACUUCCGGGUCAAGGCGCACAACAAGGUGGGGGCUGGAGAGUACCUCGAGCUGCGCAGCCCAGUGAUCAUUGAGGAGAUCAAGCAGAAACCAGACCCACCCAUCCAGGUAGCGGGCCAGGACCCCACCUCCAAGUCCAUCACGGUCACCUGGAAGGCCCCAGACUACGACGGUGGCUGCGCCAUCCAGGGCUACAUCCUGGAGAAGAUGUUAAAGGACGGGGAUCGCUACGAGAGGAUCAAUCCCAGCCUGGUCCAUGGUCUCUCCUACGUGGUGAAGGAGCUCCAGGAGGACAUGGAGUACCAGUUCAGAGUCCGCGCCGAGAACGCCGCUGGAGUCAGCGAGCCAUCUCGCAGCACACCACUCAUCAAGGCUGCUGACCCCGUGGAGAAACCAAAGGUCACCCUUCACGCCCGCGUGCAGUCCGGCGUGUGCGUCAAAAAGGGCCAGGAGGUCCGCAUCGACGCCUACAUCUCCGGAUGCCCCUACCCUAAGAUCAGCUGGCUGAGGAACGACGAGAACGUCACCAAUGAACCUACCAAGAAAAUUGCUCCAAUCAUCAAGAAGAAGAGCAGAGCCAAGGUUCCAGAGCCUGUUGAGGAGUCUGUGACCCCGAUGAGGGAGCGUCUGGGUCUGGAAGCCACCCAGAAGGGCCAGGCGGCCCUGAUGAUCCGAGACACCGUCCGGGCCGACCAUGGGGUCUUCACAGUCCAGGUGGAGAACCAGCAUGGAGCUGCCACAGCCACCUGUGUGGUCAACAUCCUCGACAAGCCUGCUGCUCCCAUCAACUUCACAUUCGAUGAGAUCAGGAACACCUCGUUGGUGUGCCAGUGGAAGGCUCCCGAGGAUGACGGAGGCAGCGAGAUCCUUAACUACAUCCUGGAGAAGAAGGACAACAAGAACGAGGAGGUGGGCUGGAUCACCAUCACCUCCACACUGAAGGGCACCAGCUACCCUGUCACCAAGCUCAUUGAAGGGAAGGAGUACAUCUUCAGAGUCUCGGCGGAGAACAGGUUUGGCUGCGGACCCACCUGUACCUCGGAGCCAGCGGUGGCCAAGAACCAGUUUGACCCCCCAGACGCCCCCAACACCCCAAGGGUGCAUGAGGUGACAGCCAGCAGCGCCCGUAUCUCCUGGCAUGAGCCCAAAGACAACGGCAGCCCCAUCCUGGGCUACUGGAUCGAGAGGAAGGAGGUGAACAGCAAGCACUGGACCAGGGUGAACCGCGUCCUUCUCAACUCCCUGGAAGUGAAGGUGAUCGGCCUGAUGGAGGGCCUCACCUACAUCUUCAGGGUGUGUGCUGAGAACCUGGCCGGCCCCGGGCCCUUCAGUGAGCCCUCCGAUCGCACCGUGGCCAUGGACGCCAUCUUGCCCCCUGGCCCCCCCAUCCCCUGGGUGGUGGACACUGGGAAGGAUUGUGUGAUGAUCGCCUGGAAGCCCCCUCUCUACAACGGUGGAGGAGACAUCCUGGGCUACCAUGUGGAGAAGGUGGUGGCUGGGGAGAAGGAGUGGAGUCGCUCCACGGAGUUCAGGUGCAAGGAGCUGAGCUACACAGUGAGUGGUCUGACUGAGGGAACCGACUACUACAUCAGAGUCCUUGCUGUCAACGACGCAGGGCCCGGAGCCCCUGGAGUCACCGAGCCAGUGACCGUCAAGGAGCCACAAGAGGCCCCGGCGGUAGACUUCAAUGUCUCGGUGAAGAACGGAGUGAUGAUCAGGGCGGGGGAGGCCCUGCGGCUGCCUGCCAUGGUCAGCGGGCGCCCGCAGCCAGAUGUGAAGUGGAGCAAGGACACGGUGGAGGUGGACAAGGAGAGGGCCCUGGUGGAGACAGAGGGAAGGAACAGUGUGCUCUUCAUCAGGAAGGUGGUGAGGGCUGACCACGGAAAAUACCAGGUCACCGGUACCAACAGUAGUGGAACUAAGUCUGCUGAGACCCGGGUGGACGUCAUGGAUGUCCCUGGGCCGGUUGUGGACCUGAAAACGGUGGUGGUGACUAAGAAGAACAUCACCCUGACCUGGGCUGACCCCCUGGACAAUGGAGGAAGUGACAUCAUGGGUUAUGAAGUUCUAAGGAAGGACGCCAAGAUGAAGCUGUUCCGCCAGCCGGUGGAGACGGCGGCCUGUAAGUGUGACAUCCAGGACCUGCUGGUGGGCGAGGAGUACGACUUCAGAGUCAUCGCAAGGAACAAGUAUGGAGACGGAGCCCCUGCAGACCUGGGCCCCAUCCUCGCUGUGGAUCCCAAAGGAACCCCCUCGGCUCCAGAGAAGCUGCACUACAGCGACAAGGGGAAGAACAGCAUCAGUCUGGUCUGGCAGCUCCCCCGUACGGACGGAGGGAGCCCCAUCCUUGGCUACUAUGUGGAGAAGAUGAGGUCGGACAGCAACGAGUUCGAUGUGGCAGGACGCAUGUUCCCAGGGUGCUGUGGAACCCUUGAGAACCUGUCGGAGAACCAGGAGUACCAGUUCCGAGUCUUUGCCGUGAAUGAGGUUGGAAACGGCGAGACGUCCAAGCCCUUCUCAGCCAAGAUCCAGGACGAUGAACUUCCUCCUGUCAUUAGCAUUAUGAAGUACUUCAAGAGCAACACCAUCACUGUGAAGAAGGGUGCCGUCGUGGACAUCCCAGCUCAGGUCAGGGGCCUUCCCCUCCCAACCCUCCAAUGGAUGAAGGAUGAUUUGGUGAUUGACAAGCCCGACCCGGAGAAGAUGACCAUAGACACAGAGGAAGUGAACAGGACCACCCUGCAGACUAAGAUCGCUCUCCUUGAGAGCAUCAGAAAGGACAAGGGCAACUACACGCUGAUGGCUGAGAAUUGCUACGGGAAAGCCCAGCAUGUGAUCCGGGUGGAGGUCUUGGAUCGCCCGAUGCCUCCCAGAAAUGUUGUGGCGUCAGACAUCAAGUCAGAGUCCUGCUACCUAACCUGGGAUGCGCCUGAGGACAACGGAGGAAGUGACAUAACUAAUUACAUUGUGGAAAGGAGAGAUGCCAGCAAGAAGAAGUCAGACUUUGAGGUUCUGACCAUCAACCUGAUCGACAGGAGAUACGGGGUGUACAAGCUGUUCAUAAAUGGAGCCUACCAGUUCAGAAUCAAGGCAGAGAACAAGUUUGGUGUGAGCGACGGCUGUGACUCUGAGAAGGUCCAGCUCCGGGAUCCAUUUGGACUUCCUGGUCCUCCACGUAACCCCAAGAUCAUCUCGGCCACAGCUUCCACCAUGACCCUGACCUGGGAGCCUCCCCUGGACAACGGAGGAUCUAGCAUACAGGGCUACUGGCUGGAGAAGAGAGAGCGAGGAGCCGUGUACUGGGGCAAGGUGAACCGGGCUCCGGUCACCAAGCCUGCGGUGAAGGCCCUACAGUACACCGUGCUGAGGCUGAUCGAAGGAACAGAGUACCAAUUCAGGAUUUCUGCUUGUAACGCAGCCGGCGUAGGACCACACAGCGAGUACAGCGAGUGCCGCUUUGCAAUGGACCCCUGCAAUCCCCCCAGCGCCCCUGGUUGUCCUGUAGUGAAGGACAAGACCAAGAGCAGCGUCACUCUUGCCUGGACCCCGCCAGACAAAGACGGCGGCAGCCCCAUCAAGGGAUACAUCAUCGAGGUCCAUGAAGAUGGCUCUCCAGACUGGAGGAGGGUCAACCCUGCUGACAAGCUCCACUCCUCCACUGAGAUCACAGUCCCUGACCUGAAGGAGAGCAAGAAGUGCCGUUUCAGGGUCUACGCCGUAAACGCUGCUGGCAACUCUGAGCCAAGCGCCAAGACCGCCGACAUUCUGGUCCAGGACAUCCUGAUUGAGCCCAUCCUCAGUCUGGAUGUGAGUGCCCACGAUCUGCUGACAUGCAGGGCAGGAAACAGCAUCAAUAUCCCAGUCUCCAUCAGUGGAAGACCAGUUCCCAAGAUUACCUGGUCCUUCGAUGGACCUGCAGAGACGGAGAAGAAGAAUGAACUGCAUACGCUGCCCAUUGAUUCUGAGGUGGUGUCUACAGACACCUGCUCACUGCUGAUGAUCGCAGACAGCAAGCUGAACCACACUGGCCGUUACAUCCUCAAUGCUGAGAGCCCUGCUGGACACAAGGUCCUCAAAGUCAGAGUCAACGUUCUCGACCUACCCGGAGCUCCUCAGGACCUGAAGGUCAGUGAUGUGACUCGAGGAACCUGCAGGCUGACCUGGAAGCCCCCACAAAGUGACGGAGGAGAGCGGGUUAAGAGUUACUUCAUCGAGAGGAAGACUGUUCUGGGCAAAGCAUGGACCAAGGUGAACCCAUCUUGUUCAGCCCAAUCUCUGGUGGUGGCUGACCUGAUCAAUGGUCAGGAGUAUCUGUUCCGUGUCCGGGCAGAAAACCGCUUUGGAUUCGGACCAUAUGCCGAGACCGUAGACGGCUCCAUGGCCAGAGAUCCCAUCCAUCCUCCAGACCCCCCAACAAGGCUGAAGAUCCAGGCGGUGAAGAAGGACACCAUCACCCUGACCUGGAAGGCCCCCAAGAACGACGGCGGUUCCCCCGUCACCCACUACAACAUGGACCUGCUCUGCUGGGAUUCCAGCGGCACCCAGAAGGAGUCUUGGAGAAGGUGCAACAGGCGAGACAUCGAGACCACCUCCUACAAGGUGGAGGACCUGACGGAGAGAGAUGAGUACGAGUUCAGAGUGACGGCGUACAACGACGCUGGAGCAAGCCGGCCAUCGACCACCGCGGGUCCCAUCCUACUGCAGGACCAGACCUGCGCUCCAUCCAUCGAGCUGAAGGAGUUCUUUGAGGUUGAGCAAGGAUCAGACAUCAACGUCAGGGCCACCAUCCAUGGCUGUCCCUUCCCCACCCUCACCUGGUUCAAGGCCCCUCCCCACAAGCCAGAGGACAAGGCGGAGGUCCAAUAUGACGAACACAUCAACAAGAUGGUUGCCGACGACAACUGCACGCUGCUGAUCCAGCAGGGCAAGAGACCAGACACCGGCCUCUACACUCUUGUUGCCUCCAACAGCAUGGGCAAGGCCUCCAAAGAGAUGAGACUCAAUGUCCUCGGCCGCCCCGGGGCUCCCUCUGCCCCCAUCAAGUUUGAGGAGAUCAGAGAAGACAAGAUCACACUGUCCUGGCUGCCUCCUAAAGACGACGGCGGCUCCAAGGUGACCAACUACGUGAUCUGGAGGCGUGUGGCAAACAGGAAGACCUGGGUGCAGGUGACCAGCGAGCCCAAGGAGCGGCUGUGGACGGUGGAGGGCCUGAUGAAGGGCCACGAGUAUGUGUUCCGUGUCAUGGCUCAGAACAAGUAUGGGGUUGGAGAUCCUCUGGACAGUGAGCCGGAGGUGGCCAGGAACAUCUGCACUCCACCCGGUCAAUGUGAGAAACCCAAAGUGUCCAACAUCAGCAUGGACUCCAUGACGUUGAGCUGGGAGGAGCCAGAGGACGAUGGUGGCACGCCCAUCACUGGCUACUGGCUGGAGCGCAAGGAGACAGCCUCCAAGCGCUGGGCCCGCGUGACCCGGGACCCCCUCCGGCCCAUGGCGCUGGGAGAGUCCCACGCGGUGACAGGACUGAUCGAGGGGUCCCAGUACCUCUUCAGAGUUAUCGCUAUCAACGCGGCCGGGCCUGGCCUGCCCAGUCCCUCCACGGACCUGGCCUUCGCCAGAGACCCCAUCUCUCCUCCAACACCUCCGACCCCCAAGGUUUCGGACUGGAGCAAGUCCACCGUGGACCUGACGUGGAUUCCUCCUCUGAAGGACGGAGGCUCGAGGAUUAUGGGGUACUGGGUGGAGUACAAGGAGGAGGGCACGGAGGCCUGGGUGAAGGCCAAGGAGAAGGAGGUGAGAGGCACAAUGUUUGUCAUCACAGGUCUGAAGACGGGGGGACUGUACAGGUUCCGCGUGAUGGCCUUCAAUGCUGCUGGGAACAGUGAACCAGGAGAGGUCCCUGAGGCCCUGGAGGUGAAGGACAGAACCGUUGCUCCUGAGUUGGACCUGGAUGCAUCAGUGAAGGAGAGGAUGGUGGUCUACGCAGGUGGGGUGAUUCGGAUCAUCGCGUACGUCUCAGGCCAGCCUCCACCGGAGGUGACCUGGGGCCGGGACGGAGCAGCACUGCCAGCUGAAGCCACCGUGGAGACCACAGCCAUCAGCUCUUCUCUGGUCAUUAAACCCUGCACAAGGAGGCACCAGGGAGUCUACUCUCUCACUGCCAAGAAUGCUGCAGGGGAGAAGAGCAAGAACAUCACUGUUGAUGUGCUAGAUGUCCCUGGGUCCGUUGGCAUCCCCUUUACGGCUGAGAACCUGACCAGCGACUCGUGCAAGCUCAAUUGGUUCUUCCCUGAAGACGACGGUGGCUCUCCCAUCACCAACUACGUGAUCGAGAAGCGCGAGGAGGGCCGUAAGGCUUGGACUGCGGUGUCCACCAGCGUGGCGAGACACAGCGCUGUGGCCCAUGGCCUGAUGAUGGGGAAGGCUUACUUCUUCAGGGUGGCUGUAGAAAACGCCAUCGGUGUUGGACCCUUCGCUGAGACGCCCUGCGAGAUCAUCAUCAAAGAUCCAAUCACUGUCCCAGACCGUCCUGAGGAGCUGGAUGUCAGUGCUGUCACCAGGGACUACAUCAGCCUCACCUGGAAGGCACCCAAGUUUGACGGUGGCUCUGAGGUCAUCAUGUACAUCUUGGAGGCCCGCACCAUUGGUAAGGACAAGUUUGUCAGACUCACCAAGGAGAAGCUGAUGGAGAGGAGGUAUACAUAUGAUGGUCUGAGAGACGGAGACACAUACGAGUUCAGAGUCCUCGCUGUGAACGAGGUUGGCGCCAGCAAGCCAUCCUUCUGCACCAAGCCCAUCACCUGCAAAAAUGAACUAGAGCCUCCUACAAUCGAGGUGGACUUCAGGGCCUCAGUCGUCAUUCGCAUCGGAGAGAGCUGUCUGCUGCAGGGUCGAUACACUGGCAAACCCUCGCCAUCCAUUAUGUGGUACAGGGACGACCAGGAGCUUAAGGCCGACCAGCACGUCAUGUUCAAGAACACCCUGACCACCAUGUCCUUGGGGCUGAUGAAGGCCAAGAGGGAGCACAGUGGCCGCUACGUGGUAGUGGUGGAGAACAGCACCGGCUCCAGGAAGGGAGUCUGCAACAUCACCGUAGUCGACCGACCAUCUCCUCCGGUUGGACCAGUGGUGUUCGAAGAGGUACACAGAGAGUUCAUGGUGAUCUCCUGGAAGCCUCCUCUUGAUAAUGGAGGAGUUGACAUCUCCAACUACAUAAUUGAAAAGAGAGACACCAAUAGAGAUAUUUGGACUACAGUUACAUCAGCAUCUACAAAGACCAUCUGCAAGAUUCCCAAGCUGACAGAAGGCAGGGAGUACAUCAUGAGGAUCUCUGCUGAGAACAUGUACGGCAUCAGUGACCCGUUGGACUCAGAAGAAAUGAAGGCCAAGGACCUCUUCAGAGUUCCUGAAGCCCCAGAGAUGCCCUCAGUCAGAGAGGUAUACGGCACCAAUGCCCUGGUGUUGUGGACCCGGCCGCGUGAUGGAGGCAAGCCCAUUAUCAACUACAUUCUGGAGAAGAAGGAGCCGACCGCCAAGAGGUGGUCCAGAGCAACCAGGGACCCACUGUACCCCGCCACCCAGUACCGGGUGCAGGACCUUACAGAGGGCUGCCAGUACGAGUUCAGGGUCAUGGCUGAGAAUGAGCUGGGAACAGGCGACCCCAGUGUCCCAUCAAAACCCAUCCUUGCCAAAGACCCCAUCGUUCCUCCCAGUCCACCAGUCACCCCAGAGGCCUGCGACAAAACCAAAGACUCUGUCAGUCUCAAGUGGCAGAUGCCUCGUCAUGAUGGCAAGGGCAGGAUAUUUGGUUACUUGGUUGAAUACCAGAGGCCCGGUUUGGUGGAAUGGAGCCAGGCCAAUGAGAGUCCGGAGCAGUGCCCUGACCUGCACUACGUGGCCACUGGCCUUGAAGACGGACAGGACUAUACCUUCAGGAUCUACACCGUUAACGCUGCCGGCAAAUCUGAACCUGCUUACGUCAAGCAGAGCAUCAAGGUUCACGAUAGACUGGAGGAGCCAGAGCUGUUGCUUGAUGCUAACAUGUCUCGUGACCACCUGGCCAUGCUGGGAACUGACAUCACACUGAGUGCCACCAUCAGGGGUGUGCCCACUCCUACUGUCACCUGGAAGAAGAACGACGAAGAUACCCCAGCUCAUGCCACCAUCGUCACCACCGCGAGCAGCAGCAAGCUCUUCAUGCCCAAGUGUGUCCGCCCUGACUCAGGCAACUAUACCAUCACUGUGGAGAACACAGCUGGAAAGAAAUCUGCCACCGUGGCGGUGCUCGUACUGAACAAACCUUCCCCGCCCAGAGACCUGGUGUUGUCAGAGGUGACCAGCGAGUCAGCGUACCUGACCUGGAAGGCCCCUGAGGACAAUGGAGGAGCCGUGAUCUCCCACUACGUUGUGGAGAAGAGGGACGUGGCGGCAGAGCAGUGGGUUCCUGUGUCUGCAUCCAAUAAGAAGCCCAGCCUGAUGGCCAUGUACCUGAUGGAGGGAAUCCAGUACCUCUUCCGUGUGGCUGCCGAAAACCAGUUUGGCAGGAGCGACUACGUGGUGACCAAGACUCCCAUCAAGGCCGUUGAUCCACUCUAUCCCCCUGGGCCACCAAAGAACCUUCACCACACUGAUGCUGACAAAUCUGAGGUUUGGUUGGAAUGGGAGUGGCCUGACAGGACAGGAGGAAGUGACAUCACUGGAUUCAUCGUGGAGCACCAGGAAGACGGUCAAGCCGACUGGGUCGUGUUCAAGACAGUUCCCAACAACCACAGCCAUGUGACCGGGCUUGUGGAGGGCAAGACAUACCGCUUCAGGGUGAAGUCUCAGAACGCAAUCGGAGUCAGCCGUCCAGAUACCAGUGUUCCCGUCAUGUGCCAAGAGAAGACAUUGCCACCAACUAUUGAAGUUGACGUGAAGCUGAUUGAGGGUCUCGUGGUGAAGGCAGGAGCUACCGUUGUGCUGCCAGCUAAGAUGACUGGCAUCCCAACCCCCAAUGCCAAAUGGAUGAGUGAUGGCAAGGAAAUUAUGUCUGAAGGCCACCACAACAUAGAGUCUACUGGAUCUUCCUCUAUUCUCACCAUCCCAGAGAGCGUGAGAGGAGACACUGGAGAGUACCUCCUUAUGGUCUCCAACCCAGCAGGGAGCAAGACGGCAGCCCUGCACGUCACGGUCCUGGAUGUGCCCAGUGCCCCCAUAGGACCGGUCAACAUCCUGGAGGUCACGCCUGACUUCAUGAUGAUCCAGUGGAGGGCGCCAAAAGACGAUGGAGGCACCUCGGUCACCAACUAUGUGGUGGAGAAGAAGGAUGUGAAGAAGCCCUGGGAGCCCUGGUCAGUGGUCAGCUCCAGUGGCACCAGCACCAAGGCCAAAGUGUCCAGGUUGGAAAAGGGUCGUGAAUACAUUGUCCGCAUCCGGGCAGAGAACAAAAUUGGCAUCGGAGCUGGGCUGGAGAGUCCUCCCACUAUUGCCAAGCAUAUGUUCGACCCUCCCAGCCCCCCUGGCCUGCCGGAGUGCUCUGAUAUCACAGAGAACGCUGUGACAGUGGAGUGGGCUCUGCCUGAGAAUGACGGCGGUAGCCCCAUCAGUGGAUAUGUGAUUGAAAGGCGAGAGAUGACCGGCAAAUGGAUCCGUGUGAACAAGACUCCUGUCCUGGAUCUCAGAUAUAGAGUCUCAGGCCUAUUUGAGGGAAAUAGCUAUGAAUUCAGAGUGUUUGCAGAAAACGUUGCUGGAAUCAGUGGACCUUCCCCUAUUUCUGACCCCGUAAAGGCCACCCGUGCCCUGACCAAACCUGGACCACCUGGAAGUCCCAAACUCAAGGACUGGAGCAAAUCAUAUGCAGACCUCUGCUGGAUAAAGCCAACCAGAGAUGGAGGCAGCCCCAUCCUAGGCUAUUCGGUUGAAGCCCAGAAAUCAGGCAGUGCACAAUGGGAUAAAAUUAACAAAGACAACAUUAAGAUCUGUGCCUUCAGAGUUCAAGGUCUUAUUGAGGGAAUGGAGUAUAGGUUCCGCAUCAGAGCCAUCAAUAAGAUUGGAGAAAGUGAACCUAGGGAGCUCUCUGAGACGGUUCUGGCCAAAGAUAUCUUGGUGCCCCCAGAAGUUGUGGUGGAUGCAUCAUGCCGUGAUUCCCUCACGGUCAGGGCAGGACAGAGCAUCAGCCUGAUCGCCAGGGUGAAGGGCCGACCUGAUCCUGAGAUUACAUGGACCAAAGACGCCAGAGCUGUGGGCAGAGACAGACGCACUGAAAUCAACAAUAACUACCCACUAUGUGAGCUUGUCAUCUCUAAUGCUGUAAGGGAAGACUAUGGUAAAUAUGCUAUUUCUGCCAAGAACAGCAGUGGACUGGCCCAGGCUACCAUCAUUGUCAACGUUUUGGAUGUUCCAGGGCCUUGCCAGAACCUUAAGGUGGCAUAUGUGACCAAGAACUCCUGUAUGGUGUCGUGGGAGAACCCAGAAGAUUAUGGAGGUACUGAGAUCACUCAGUACACCAUUGAGUGUCGCCAGCCCAGCCAGAGAGGAUGGACCGUAAUCUCCAAUGACUUCACCAAACGUCAGAUGAAGGCUCCUCUUACUGAGGGAUGUGAGUACUUCUUCCGGGUCAGUGCACAGAAUAAAAUCGGUUCUGGUCCUUCCAUUGAGUCCAAGACCGCUGUACUGGCAGUGGAUCCCAUUGAGAAGCCCGGGGAACCCAUUGACUUCCAAAUCUCUGAAAUUGGCAAGACCUUCUGCUUCCUUAAGUGGAAGAAGCCAGAGUAUGAUGGCGGUAGUCGGAAUAUAGGUUACCAUGUGGAGAAGAAGCCCAAAGAAGCUGAGGAGUGGGAGAGGCUACACAAGGGAGCCAUCAAGGAGACCUACUUCAUGGCUGACCGAUGUAUUGAGAACCAGAUCUAUCAGUUCAGGGUCCAGACCAAAAAUGAAGGUGGAGAAAGUAACUGGGUGACCACAGAUGAUGUUUUGGUGAAGGAACAGUUGGUGGAGCCAGAAAUCAAGAUUAAACUGGAUGCGACUCUGGUUGUCAGGGCUGGAGACUGUAUCGCUAUUGAGGCAACUAUCAAGGGCAAGCCACAGUGUGACGUCAAAUGGACCAAGGACGAGAGCACCAAGGAAAUCAGGAAGGGUCUCAGGCAUCAGUUGGAAUCUGGUGCCGACUUAUCCAAGCUGCUUGUCACUGGAGCCAGGCGCACGGACAGUGGCAAAUACAUUGUAACGGCCUCCAACAUCGCUGGAACCUGCUCUGCUGAUGCUAAGGUCAAUGUCCUGGACAGACCUGGGCCCAUCAACGACCUCAAGAUCUCAGGCAUCACAAAUGACAGGUGCCAACUGGACUGGGAGGUUCCUGAAGAUGAUGGUGGCUGUGAGAUCUACAACUACAUCAUUGAGAAGUGUGAGACCAAGAGAGGAGUCUGGUCUGUCCAUUCUAACGCAGUAAUCACCAACAAGGCUAGAGUUACCCGCCUCAUUGAGGGAAAUGAGUACACCUUCAGAGUGCGUGCAGAGAACAAGAUGGGCCCCGGCCCAGCAGUUCAGAGCGACACCAUCAUAUCUGGUACACAGUUCAACGUCCCUGGGGCUCCUGAUACACCUGAAGUUACCAAAAUCGUCAAGGAAGAGAUGAGUGUACAGUGGUCUGAGCCAGAGAGAGACGGGGGCAAGUCCAUCAUAGGAUACCUGUUAGAGAAGAAGGAGGAGCAUGCAGUCAGAUGGUCUCCUGUUAACAAGGAGGCCAUCCCUGCAACUCGUCUAACUGUGACUGGACUCCUGCCUCUCCAUGAGUAUCAGUAUAGAGUCAAAGCUGUGAACGAAAUCGGGGUUGGCGCUGCCAGCAAGCCUUCAGUGGCCAUCACUGCUAGAGACUCAAUUGAACCCCCCGCACCACCAACCAACCUGAAGGUCCUGGACAGCACCAAGUCCUCCAUCUCCCUGGGCUGGACCAAGCCUGUCUCGACCGGCGGUGUGCCCCUCAUCGGCUACGUGGUGGAGAUCAGGGUGAAGGGAACCGCCAAGAAGGAUGAGGGCUGGAAGAGGUGCAACGUGGCUGCCCAGCUAGUGGUGUGUCACUUCACCGUCAGUAGUCUUGAAAAGAAACUGGAGUAUGAGUUUCGAGUGUCCGCCCAGAACCAGGUGGGAAUGAGCCUGCCCUGCAACCUUGAAGGAGCUGUGAUGCCCAGAGAGAUCCUAGAGUCUCCAGAUAUUGACCUGGAUGCCAAUCUGAAGCAGGGUCUGACCGUGAGGGCUGGGUGUCCCAUCAGACUCUGUGCUACCAUCAGAGGUAGACCUCCUCCCACCGUGACCUGGAGACGUAUGGGUAUCGACAACGUGGUGAGGAAGGGUCAUGUAGACAUCAUCGACACCAUGACCUUCCUGGUAAUCCCUGACAGCACCCGUGACGACUCCGGCAAAUACUGCCUGACCCUGCAGAAUGCUGCUGGGGAGAAGGCUGUGUUUGUCAAUGUCAAAGUUCUUGACACCCCAGGGCCUGUGGUGAACAUCGAGGCUACAGACAUCCGACAGACCUCUGCCAAACUGUCAUGGAGUCCACCGGAGGUAGACGGUGGUAGUGAGGUCACACACUACAUCAUUGAGAAGCGCGCCAUUGAUCGCAAAACGUGGGCCGUUGUGAAGGGAGAAGUUGAAAUAGACAAGAUUCCCUUCAAGGUGGGCGGUCUGACGACUGGCACGGAUUACUACUUCAGAGUCACAGCAGUCAACCAGUAUGGGCCCGGAGUACCAAAGGUCUCCUCUACCUCCUACCUGGCCUCCGACCCUACCAGUAAGCCCGACCCUUGUGAGAAGAUUGAGGUCUUGGAGAUCACCAAGAACAGUGCUACAGUGGGCUGGGUGCAGCCCAUGAGGGAUGGAGGUGUUAAAAUCGACGGUUACGUUAUUGAAUACAUCGAGGUCAAACCUCCCCCACCCCCACCUGCACCUGUGGAGGUUCCAGAGGGAGAGGAACCUCCUCCUCCUGCCCCAGAGCCGUUGGUGGAAUCAGAUGAGGAUGAGGAUGAGGAGAAGGAGAGGGAGGUUUGGAACGCCUACACCACCGUUAAGGGUCUCAGUGUCUCCGUCAGUGGCCUGAAGGAGGGCAAGAGAUACAAGUUCAGAGUGUCAGCCAAGAACAUCAUCGGCUGCAGCUCCUACACCGAGACCCGAGAGGCCUCUGAGAUCAAGGAACAGAUCCUGGAGCCCAAGAUUGUCAUGGCUGAGAUGGUGAGUGCCAAGGCGGGGGCCAAGCUGAGAAUCGAGGCGGUGGUUUCUGGUAAACCGAUGCCCAGCUGUAAGUGGAUGCGUGGGGAGAACGUGGUGGUGCCGUCCAGCCGCCUGGCAGUCCACAAGUCUGCCAACUUGUGUGUCCUCAUCAUCAAGGAUGUGUCCAGGACGGACAGCGGAGAGUAUAGCCUGUCAGCGGAGAAUAGCUGUGGCAAAGUCGAGGAGGCCCUCAAGAUCAUCAUAAGAGAUAUCCCUGGGGCUCCAGAGGGUCCGGUGGAGAUCAGUGACAUCGACUCUGAUGCCUGUUCUCUGUCCUGGAACAAACCCCUGGAGGACGGAGGCAGCCCCAUUACCAACUACGUGGUGGAGAAGUGUGACGUGACCCGGGGAGACUGGGUGAACGCCGUCUCUUCUUGUGGGAAGACCGGUUGCAGGCUGGGCAAGCUGAUCCCAGGGAAGGAGUAUGCCUUCCGCAUCCGGGCAGAGAACCGCUUCGGCAUCUCUGAUCCAAUCCAGUCCGACCGCAUGGUGGCCAAGUUCCCCUUCCAGAUUCCAGACGAGCCCCUUAACUGCCACAUCAACAAGACAAACAAGGACUGCAUGUUUGUGGCCUGGGAGAAACCAGAGAGCGACGGCGGCAGCCCCAUCACCGGCUACUACAUCGAGAGGAAAGAGAGGAACAGCCUGCUCUGGGUCAAGGCCAACGACACAGUGGUCCGCACCACAGAGUACCCGUGUGCCGGCCUCAUCGAGGGCCUUGAGUACACCUUCAGGGUGUCCGCCAUCAACCGAGCUGGCCAGGGCAAGCCCAGCAAGAAGACCGACUUCAUCACCGCCAGGACCCCCAUCGACACACCAGGCAAACCAGACAUUCUGGAUGUGACCAAGAACUCUGUGAGUCUGGUGUGGAGCCGACCAAAGAACGACGGCGGCAGUAGGAUCGUUGGCUACUAUGUGGAGUACACCAGGGUGCCCGGGGAGGCCUGGCUGAGGAGCAACACCAGCAGCCAGAACGUUCCAAGGGAGGAAUACACAGUCCCCGGCCUGGAGAGAGACCUGACGUUCCAGUUCAGAGUCAUCGCCAAGACCGCCGUCAACAUCAGCAAACCCUCCGAGCCCUCAGACCCCGUUCUGGUCUGCACUGAGAACGUUCUACCAAGAGUGGAGCUCAAUGCUAAGAUGCAGAAGGGGCUCAUGGUGAAGGCUGGAGCCACGGUCCUGCUGGAGGCAGAGGUGUUUGGUAAACCUAUGCCCAAGGUGACCUGGAAGAGAGGAGACACCAGCCUCCGCUCAACAGAGGGCCUCACUAUCUCCAACCAGAGACAACAGUUCCAACUGGAAAUGACCAGUGUGACAAAGGAACACAGUGGAACCUACACCAUCACGGCACAGAACGCUAGUGGAUCCAAGACAGCAGAGGUCAUCGUCAAGGUUUUAGAUGUGCCUGGCCCUCCCACUAGUGUCCAGAUCUCUGAGGUGUUUGCAACCAGCGUGAUGGUGCUUUGGGAACCCCCACUGAAUGACGGGGGAGCCAUUGUCAGCCACUACAUUGUGGACAAGCGUGAGACCAACAGGGCCAACUGGGCGCAGGUCUCGGCCAAGAUCCAUGCCGACACCCAUGAGUGCAGCGUGCAGAAGCUGAUCGAGGGUCGUGAGUACCAGUACCGCGUUCGUGCCGAGAACAGCUGGGGAGUUGGAGAGGCCUUCAUCAGCAACCCUGUGGUCGCCAGAAAUCCCUUCACUAUGCCUGGCCCAUGCGAGGCUCCAGUCAUCACCAACGUGACCAAGGACCGCAUGACGGUCAGCUGGAAGGACCCCGCAGACGAUGGGAAGUCGACCAUCCUGGGCUACGUCCUCGAGAAGAAAGAGAGCAAGGAGAUGCAAUGGAUCAAGUUGAACCGGAAGCCUAUAAUUGAGCGUAUGCUGGAGGUAUCCGGCCUGUCAGAAGGAACAGAGUAUGACUUCAGAGUCAGUGCUCUCAACCUGGCAGGUCCAGGUACACCUAGUGAACCUUCUACCUCGACCUACGCCCUGGACCCCAUCAACCCUCCUGGCCCAGUAGUGAACCCCGGCGUGACAGACACCACCAACUGCACAAUAAGUCUGGCCUGGAGCGUCCCGGCCAGCAACGGAGGAAGUCCCGUGCUGGGUUACCUGGUGGAAUGCAAGAGGACCGACGCAACCGACUGGAUCCGCUGCAAUGUUCCCAAGAACCUGCAGGACACCAGCUACAUCAUCCAGAACCUCAUCGAUAAGUCUGAGUACCAGUGCCGCAUCACCGCCGUCAACAAGGUCGGCUUCAGUGAGCCCUGUGAGGUUCCAGGGAAGCACAUCGCCAAAGACAUCAUGGUUCCUCCAGAGGCAGUGUUGAGUGCAGAGCUGAAGGAGGUGCUAGAGCUGCGCGCCGGAGCCACCAUGAACCUCCAGGCCACCAUCAAGGGCCGUCCCACCCCCAGAAUCAUCUGGGCCAAGAUGAACUCCAACAUCAAGGACCGCCAGGGAAUCAUCAUGAAGUCCACAGCCACGGACACACUGGUUAAAGUGGAGAGCGUGAACCGUUACGACGCUGGAAAGUACAUCCUCAGCCUGGAGAGUGUGUGUGGCGUAAAGAUGUACACCAUUGUCGUCAAGGUCUUUGACACUCCAGGGCCACCCGUUAACCUGAUGGUGAAGGAACACUCCAAGGACAGCGCCUCCAUCCUCUGGGACGCUCCUUUGAUCACUGGAGGCUACGACAUCAAACACUACAUCGUUGAAAAGCGGGAUGCUGAAAGAAAAGCCUGGUCCAUCGUCUCCAACAACUGUGCUAAGACUUCCUUCAAGGUUCCCGAUCUGGAGGCCGGUAGAUCCUUCUGCUUCAGGGUCUCUGCCGUCAACGAGCUGGGCAUCGGAGAGGCCUGUGAGACUAUAGAUGGCGUCAGAGCUUCAGAGGAGCCUGGUCCUGUGAUGGAUUUCAAGACGCUGCUUGUUACCAAGGACUCCUGCACUCUGAGCUGGAAGAAGCCUCUCUCAGACGGAGGCAGCCGCAUUAUCUGCUACGUCCUGGAGGUUUUGAAUGGAGAUGAAAAGUACAAGGAGCUCAUGAGGUCCAAGAACAUGCAGUACAGUGCCAAGGACCUGAUUGUGGGCCACGAGUACAACUACCGGGUGAUGGCAGUCAACGACUCUGGAGAUAGUCCCGCCAAAGAGCUGGCCGUGAUCGCCAAGGACCAGAUCAUUCAUCCUACAUGUGACUUGCGUGAGCUCCCCAACAUGUGCUACAUCGCUAAGGAGGGUAGCAACGUGCGUCUGAAGAUCCCUAUCAUCGGCAAACCAACUCCUAAGGUGUCCUGGAAGAAGGGUGAUGAUGAGGACCUGACAGACACAGGCAGAGUGUCUGUGGAGUUCACAGCCGUAAACACCACCUUGCUGAUCAGGGACUGCCAGAGAUCUGAUGCUUCUAAGUACACCAUCACCCUGAGGAACAGCGCUGGGACAAGGGAGUCCACCAUUUUCAUCAGGGUCGUGGGUAAACCAGGUAUCCCGAUCCAGCCAGUGAAGUUCAAGGAUGUGACUGCUGAUGGCGCCACACUAAGGUGGGGUACUCCCAAGGAUGAUGGAGGGUCUGAGAUCACCAACUACAUCCUGGAGAAGAGAGACUCCAUCACCAACAUGUGGGUGACGGUGUCCUCCUUCGUGGACACCAACUCCAUGAGGGUCACCGGUCUUCAUGAAGGCACCGAGUACAUCUUCAGAGUUUGUGCAGAAAACAAGUAUGGCGUGGGAGAAGGACUCAAGUCUGAGCCUUUGGUUGCCAAGCAUCCAUUCAAUGUUCCUGACGCGCCUGCUCCACCUCAAAUGAUGAGCAUGCGCCACGACUCAGCCUACCUGGCGUGGUCUGACCCCCGCAAAACUGGUGGCUCUCCCAUAACUGGCUACCAUGUGGAGUCCAAGGAGAGGAACAGCAUGCUGUGGAGGAGAGCCAGCCAGGCGGCCAUCAGGAUGAAGGACCACAAGGUGACCGGUCUGACUGAAGGAAUGGAGUACGAGUUCAGAGUCAUGGCCAUCAACCUGGCUGGCAUCGGCAGACCAAGCCUUCCUACAGACCCCUAUGUUGCCCUGGAUCCCAUUGAUGCCCCUGGUAUUCCGGACGUCAUCAGCAUCACCCGGAGCUCUGUGACCCUUCAGUGGACCGAGCCCCAGUCCGACGGCGGCCACCGGCUCACCGGCUACAUUGUGGAGAGGAGGGACCUGCCCUCCAAGAUCUGGGUGAAGGCCAACAAUGUCAACGUGGUGGAGCCGGCCUUCACCGUGAAGGAGCUGCAGGAGGGAUGCAAGUACGAGUUCAGGAUCAGAGCCAAGAACUCAGCCGGAGCCCUGAGCCCCCCCUCUGAGCAGACGGACACCAUCGUCUGUGCAGACGAAUAUGAGGCACCAACCAUCAUCAUCGAGUCCCAGGUGAAGGAAGGCCUGACGGUUCGGGCAGGAGAAACCAUCAUCAUAACAGCCACGAGCAUCAUGGGAAAACCUGCUCCCACCUCAUGCUGGUCUCAGGGUGGAAAGAACUUCAAGCCAUCCGACAUUGUCCAGAUAGAAACGACCCCCACCUCCUCCACCCUGUCCAUCAAGUAUGCCAGCAGGAAGGACUCCGGAGAGUACAUCAUCGCUGCCAGUAACCCGUUCGGUGUGAAGGAGGAGAGUGUUAGUGUAAAGGUCCUUGAUGUACCCAGUGUGCCCGGGCCUAUUGAAGCCAGCGGCGUCUCCUCUGAGAAGAUCACCCUGACCUGGACAGCUCCCACUGAGGAUGGAGGCUCCCCCAUCAAGUACUAUACCUUGGAGAAGCGGGAGACCAGUCGCCUGCUCUGGACCAUCCUAAAGGAGCAGGUCAUCGACUGCCACUUUGUUGCCCGCAAGCUCAUCCAGGGCAACGAGUACAUCUUCAGAGUGUCUGCAGUCAACCAGUACGGCGCCAGCGAAGCCUCGCUUUCAGAAGCAGUCAAGAUGGUCGAUAAAUAUGGUCCCCCCGGCCCACCAGCUAAACCAGAGGUAGGAAACAUUCAAGGACAGUCGGUCACAGUGACAUGGAGGAGGCCAGCAGAUGAUGGAGGAAGUGAUAUCACAGGCUACUGUGUUGAGAAGAAGGAGAAGAAUAUGGUGCGCUGGGUCCGAGCCUCCCAGUGGUCUGUGGCUGAGCUGAGCUACGAGGUGAAGGGUCUGACCAAGGGAAUGGAGUACGAGUUCCGUGUUAGCGCUGAGAAUAAAGCCGGCUAUGGAGAACCCAGUGAACCAUCGAUGCCCGUCAUCACUAAAGUUGUUGCCUAUGUACCUGGACCUCCAGUCAACCCAAGAGUCACAGACACAACCAAGACCACUGCCACUCUAAACUGGGGCAAACCCCUUACCGACGGAGGUAUGGAGGUCACUGGAUACAUUAUUGAGCACAAGAAGGAAAGCACAGACGAUUGGGUAAAGGACAACCCCUCAUCGCCACUCAGAAUUACAGAGUUUGUUGUUGCCGGACUGGAAGUGGGAGUUAAAUACCACUUCAGAAUUAGUGCAGUGAAUGCAGAGGGAGUGGGAGAAGCUGCAGCGACUCAGGAGUUGGUGGAGAUUGUGGAGCGUGCAGCAGAGCCUGGCCUGGAGCUGGACAUUGAGCUGAGGAGAACCCUAGUGGUCAGGGCCGGCUGCUCCAUUCGCCUGUUUGUGCCAAUCAAAGGACGCCCUGCCCCCUCAGUCACCUGGACAAAGGAGGGAGGUCCUGUACCGCGUGCAGUCAUCGACAGCACGGAGUCGUUCACCAUGCUGCUUAUCCCCGACAGCACCAGGAUUGAUGCCGGAAAAUAUGAGCUCAACCUGGAGAACGAAGUUGGAACCAAGACCGCUGAUAUCAAUGUCAGAGUUCUGGACUCCCCUGGACCUCCGAUAAAUCUCAAGCCAAUCAAGAUUGAUAAAGAGAGCAUCACUAUUCAGUGGGAGAUGCCUCUUAUUGACGGUGGAGCCAAAAUCACCAACUACAUUGUUGAGAAGAGAGAGUCAACACGCAAGGCCUAUGCUACUUGUGUCACAAAAUGCCCGACCACCUCAGUUAAGAUUGAAGAUCUGGGAGAGGGAUGUGAGUACUACUUCAGAGUGCGUGCAGAGAACGAGUACGGUAUUGGUGAUUCGGUUGAAACUACUGAUCCAAUCCGGGCAUCCCAGGCCCCAACUCCUCCAGAGAGCAUUAUUCCUACUGACAUCACUAAAACCUCAGUCAGUCUGACCUGGACGAAACCCAGACACGAUGGUGGAAGCAAAGUCACUGGAUACGUACUUGAGGCUCAGAAGAAGGGAACCGAUCAAUGGUCCCAUGUGAACACAGUGAAGACUUUGGAUUUCACCGUGAAGAACCUCAAUGAAAAUGAAGAGUACAUCUUCCGUGUCAUGGCUGUCAAUCAUUCUGGCAGAAGUGCUCCCCGUGAGAGCAAGGCUAUUGCCAUCAAAGACUCCACUACCCUGCCUGAGUUUGACCUGCGUGGUGUGUGCCAGAAGACCGUCAUUGCCAAGGCAGGAGACAACAUCAAGGUUGAGGUUCCAGUCAUGGGACGUCCCAGACCGACGGUCUCCUGGCUGAAGGAUGGUGGAGCUUUUAAAGUCACUCAGAGAACAAACGUGGAAUCAACUGCUGCUACAGCUAUUCUGACCAUUAAUGAAUGCAUUAGGGCUGAUAGUGGCACAUACACCAUGAUCGGAAAGAACAUUAUGGGCUCUGUGUCUGACAACAUCGUUGUUAAAGUACAUGAUGUCCCUGGGCCUCCAAAGGGACCAGUUAAAAUAGUUGAGAUAACCCGGACCUACUGUGUCUUUGCCUGGGACACUCCAGACAACGACGGCGGAGUUCCCAUCAACAACUAUGUGGUUGAAAUCAGGAACACUAAUUCUCAGACAUGGGGUGAACUGUCUUCCUCUGUCAUCCGCACCAUAUUCAAGGCUGUUCGUCUCACCACUGGAUCAGAAUAUCAGUUCAGAGUGAAAGCCAAGAACAGAUAUGGUGUCGGAGCUCCCAUCACAUCAGAAAGUGUUGUGGCUGCUUAUCGUUUCAAGGUUCCCGGGCCACCUGGCACGCCUAUGGUUGUUGCUUUCACUAAAGAAACAAUGACAGUUGGCUGGAACGAGCCUGUGUCCGAUGGUGGAAACGAGAUCAUUGGAUAUUACGUAGAGAGGAAAGAGAGGAGCAGCAUCAUGUGGCAGAGGGUUAGCAAGACUAUGGUGAAGGGCAAUCUCUUCAAAACAACUAACCUUGAAGCUGGGGUGGCCUAUGAGUUCCGUGUCUUCGCUGAGAACAUGGCUGGAGUCGGUAAGCCCAGCAAGGCAUCAGAAGCCAUGUUUGCCCUGGAUCCUGUGGACCCACCGGGCCAGCCUGAGCCUCUUUACGUCAACAAGAAUGUCAUCACCAUUCAGUGGACCAAGCCUGAAUAUGAUGGUGGCUUCAAGAUCACCGGCUACACUGUGGAGAAAAGAGACCUGCCUGCCGGUCGCUGGAUCAGAGCUAACUUCACCAACAUCAUUGAGACGACCUUCAUGGUGAGUGGACUGACUCAGGAUGCAGCCUACGAGUUCCGUGUUUUUGCGAGAAACUCUGCUGGUUCAGUGAGCCUUCCUUCUGACCCAUCAGAUCCAAUCACUUGCAAAGAUGACAUUGUUGAACCACGUAUCAUGGUUGAUGCAAUCUUCAAGGAUGUUGUUCUUUUGAAAGCAGGGGAGAAUUUCAAGCUUGAAGCCGACAUUGCAGGUCAACCAAUUCCAUCUAUGGCUUGGACCAAGAAUGGGAAAGAGAUUGAGAACACAAUGAAACUGGAUAUUAAGUUUACUGACCUUACAACCACCUUGGUCAACAAAGAUUCUGUCCGAGCAGAUGGAGGUGAAUUUGUUUUGACUGCCACUAAUGUUGGAGGAUUUGCUAAACACAUUUUCAAUGUCAAAGUUCUGGACCGACCUGGGCCACCAGGGGGACCACUUGUGGUUUCUGAUGUGACAGCUGACAACUGCAUCCUGACCUGGACUCCACCAGCCGAUGAUGGGGGAGCCAAGAUCGAAGCUUACGUCAUUGAGAAACGUGAAUCAACCAGACUGGUAUGGACCAAUGUGGUGUCCGACCUUCAGUUCACACAGUUUAUGGUCACCAAACUGCUCAAAGGAAAUGAAUACAUCUUCAGAGUGAUGGCAGUCAAUAAAUAUGGAGUUGGAGAGGCCCUUGAUUCAGAGCCCACUCUGGCUGACAACCCAUACAUAUCACCAGACGCACCGCAGAACCCUGAGGUCACCGCUAUCACCAGAGAUGCAAUGUUUAUUAUGUGGAAGGCUCCUCAGAGCGAUGGAGGUAGCACCGUUACCAACUACAACAUUGAGAGAAAGGAUAAAAUUGGGCUGCGGUGGGUCAAAUGCAACAAGAAGAAGGUCAAAGAACUGCAGUUCAAAGCAACAGGCCUUGUCGUAGGACAUGAAUAUGAGUUCAGAAUCAUUGCUGAGAAUGCUGCUGGAUUGAGUGCUCCAAGUGUGGCCAGUCCGUUUUAUAAGGCUACUGAUACCCUGGACCAGCCUGGGCCCCCAUGUAAUCCCAGAACUCUUGACACCACUAAGUCCUCCAUCACUGUUGCUUGGAACAAGCCUGUUUAUGAUGGUGGCUCUGACAUCACUGGCUACAUUGUGGAAACCUGUGAACCAUCAGAGAAGGAGGAAGAUGAGGAAUGGACCAUUGUUACUCCAACAGAAGGACUUCUGGCCACCUCCUUCACCAUUAUCAAUCUGAAGGAAAACCAGGAAUACAAGAUUAACAUCUCUGCUUUGAAUAGUGAGGGCAUCGGAGAGGCAGCUUCAAUCCCAGACAAUGUAAAGGCUGAGGAUAGGCUCCUCCCACCUGAGCUGGACUUGGACGCUGAGCUCCGCAAGGUGGUGAACCUCAGAGCGUGCUGUUCACUGAGACUCUUUGUUCCCAUAAGAGGUCGACCAGCACCUGAGGCCAAGUGGACCAAAGAAGACGGUGAACCGGUUGAGAGGGCCACUAUUGAGAGCACAACAUCCUACACUUUACUUGUAAUUGAAAAUGUCAACCGAUUUGACAGUGGAAAAUACAACCUCACAGUUGAGAAUGGCUCUGGAUCCAAAACAGUCCAAGUCCAAGUGAAAGUGCUUGAUACACCAAGUGCACCACAAAACCUUAAAAUCAAUGGUGUAACGAAGGAAUCUGUCUCACUCAUCUGGGAUCCUCCAGUAAAUGACGGAGGAGUGAAGAUUAAGAACUACAUUGUUGAAAAACGAGAAUCCACAAGAAAAGCCUAUGCCACAGUCAAAGCCAACUGCCAUCACACCACCUUCACAGUUGACCCACUAGUCGAAGGAUGCAACUACUACUUCAGAGUUUUGGCUGAGAAUGAAUAUGGCAUUGGGUUACCCAUUGAAACAGGAGAGUCAGUCAAAGUAUCAGAGAAACCACAGCCUCCAGGCAAAAUCACUCUGAAGGAUGUGACCAAGACCAGUGUCACUCUGUCCUGGGAGAAGCCAGAGCAUGAUGGAGGCAGCAGGGUUGGUUGUUAUGUUGUUGAGAUCCAGCCUAAAGGGGCUGAUAAGUGGAGCCCAUCUGUGAUAGUCAAAGACACCGAGGCCACCAUCAGCGGACUAAAUGCAGGGGAGGAAUACAUGUUCCGGGUAUCAGCUAGAAAUGAGAAGGGAACCAGUGACCCACGUCAAAUCGGCGUGCCUGUGAUCGUCAAGGAUCUUGUUAUUGCUCCGGUGGCCAAGCUCUUGUUCAACACAUUCAGUGUGCUGGCAGGUGAAGACCUAACAGUGGAAAUACCGUAUGUUGCCCGUCCUAAAGCAGCCGUGUCCUGGUUGAAAGACGGACUGCCUCUGAAGAGAACAAGCAGAGUUAAUUUUGCUGCCACCGAUAAAAUACUGAACCUCACCAUUAAGGAGGCUGCUAGAGAUGAUGUUGGCCAUUACCUCAUUACUCUCAGUAACACAGCUGGAGAGACAACUGUAGACAUUGGUAUUGUUGUUCUUGACAAACCAGGUCAGCCAGGUGGUCCACUUAAGGUCGAGGAUGUGACAGCAGACUCUGUAACCAUCUCCUGGAAUCCACCAGAAUACAAUGGUGGAUGUACAAUCAAACACUACAUUGUGGAAAAGAGAGACACAUCAACAACCAAUUGGAUGGUUGUAUCACCUAACCUAGCAAGGACUAAGAUCAAGGCCAGCCGAUUGAAGACAGGUUCUGAGUAUCAGUUUAGGAUCACAGCAGAGAACAGAUAUGGAAAGGGACCAGUUCUGGUCUCAGAGUGUGUUGUGGCCCAGUACCCGUACAAGCUCCCCGGAUCUCCAGGAACACCUUCCAUUUCUUCCUCAACCAAGGACAGCAUGGUCGUAAUCUGGAAUGAGCCUGUGAAUGAUGGUGGAAGUACUAUCCUGGGAUACCAUCUUGAACGCAAAGAAAGAAAUAGCAUCAUGUGGGUCAAACUUAACAAAUCUAUUAUAGCUGACCAAACCUUCAAGACCACUGGUCUAGAGGCAGGAAUGGAAUAUGAGUACCGUGUUUACGCUGAGAACAUUGUUGGAAUAGGCAAAGUGAGCAAAUUGUCUGAGGGAGUCAUUGCUAGAGAUCCUUGUGAUCCUCCCGGCACCCCAGAGGCAACUCGUAUCACAAAUGAGUCUGUGUCUAUUGUUUGGUCGAAGCCAGAGUACGAUGGUGGUGCAAAAAUUACAGGUUAUGUAGUGGAGAAGAAGGACCUGCCAGAGGGCCGCUGGCUUAAGGCUAAUUUCACAAACGUCAUCGAGACAGAAUAUGUUGCAACAGGCCUCGUGGAGAACCAGCAGUAUGAGUUCCGUGUAAUUGCUAGAAACGCUGCCGGGGUGUUCAGCAUGGCCAGCUACAGCACAGGCCCUAUCACUGCCAAGGAUGAGAUUGAGCCUCCUAGCAUCAGCAUAGACCCAGGAUACUCACAGACACUCGUGGUCAGUGCUGGAGAUACCUUCAAGAUUGAUGCAGAUGUUCAUGGCAAACCAGAGCCUUCUAUACACUGGAUGAAGGGAGAGCAGGAGCUUGGAAAUACGAUUCACAGGGAGAUCAAGAACACAGCCACACAAGCCUGCAUGAAUGUGAAGGAAGCAAAUAUUGAGGAUGGGGGCCAAUACAUACUGCUGUUGAGGAAUCCAGGAGGGGAGAAGGCCGUCACGGUGGAUGUGGUCAUCCUGGAUAAACCAGGACAGCUUCAGAGCCUGCUGGUCACAGGAAUAACAAAAGACUCAUGCUGCCUUUCCUGGAAAGCACCACUACAAGAUGGAAGCAGCAAAAUAUCCCACUACAUUGUGGAGAGGAGAGAGACAAGCAGGCUGGUCUGGACGGUUGUUGAUCAGAAGGUGGAGAAUACUUGCCUUAAGGUUAAAAAGCUUCUUGAAGGAAAUGAAUACAUCUUCAGAGUACGUGCUGUCAAUCAGUUUGGAGUUGGGGCAGUUCUUGAGUCUAGUGCUGUGAUGAUUAAAGACCUAUAUGUUCCUCCCACAUCACCCAAGAGCCUGGAAAUUUCAGAAAUUAUGAAAGAUUCAAUGGUGCUCACUUGGGAAGCCCCCUCUGAAGACGGAGGCAGUCCUAUCACUGGAUACAUCAUUGAGAAACAUGACAAGGAGGGGGUCAGGUGGACCAGAUGCAACAGAAAGAUGGUCACAGACUUGACAUACAAGAUCACCAGACUAAUGGAGAGACACAGUUAUGAAUUCAGAGUUUUAGCUGAGAAUGCAAUUGGUGUUGGUGAGCCAAGCUCACCAACUGUCUUCUACAAAGCUCUGGAUCCUAUCUUCAGGCCUGGCCCGCCACAUCACCCUAAGGUUACUGACACCACCAAAUCAUCCGUGUUCCUCUCGUGGGCCAAACCUAUGGAUGAUGGUGGCUGUGAGAUUCAGGGAUACAUUGUUGAGUGCUGCACUACAACAGAGACACCAGAGGUUCCACCUGAGAUUGCAGUUGAAGAUGAAUUGUCUACAGAAAAAGCUGCUGAGUUAUGGACCAUGUGCACACCAGCAACUGGCAUAAAAAAUACCAAGUUUGAAGUGGAAAACCUGAAAGAAAAUCAAGCCUACAAGUUAAGAGUCUGUGCCAUCAAUAAAGUUGGUGUUGGGGAGCAUGCCGAUGUGUCUGGGGCCAUUAUUGCUGAGGACAAGAUUGAAGAACCUGACCUAGAUAUAGAUCCAGAGCUCAGGAAGAUUGUAAGUAUCAAGGCCGGGGCUUCCCUCCGCCUGUUCAUCCCCAUCAGGGGACGGCCCACGCCCACUAUCACAUGGAACAAAGAUGAAGCUGCACUCAAGGAGACUGCUCAGGUCGAGGUGACAAGCAGUUACACAUCCCUUGUUAUUGACAAAAUGAACAGGUAUGACAGUGGCAAAUACACAGUGACAGCAGAAAACACUAGCGGAACAAAAUCUGCAUUUGUUGUUGUCCGUGUUCUUGAUACGCCAAGUCCUCCUGUCAAUUUGAAAGUCAAAGAAAUUACAAACCGAUCAGUAACACUGGCAUGGGAUUCGCCUCUUCUGGAUGGUGGAGCCAAGAUCAAAAACUACAUUCUUGAGAAGAGGGAGAGUACCCGCAAAACAUACGCUGCCGUGAUAACAAACUGUCAUGAACUCUCUUGGAAGAUUGAGCCACUGCAGGAGGGCUGCAGUUACUAUUUCAGAGUCCUUGCUGAGAAUGCACAUGGUGUAGGAUUGCCAGCAGCAACUGUUGAUCCUCUCAAAGUAUCUGAAGUCCCUCAGGCUCCUAAGAACCUGAUAGUCACAGACCAAACAAAAACCAGCAUCGCUCUGGCCUGGGAGAAACCUGAGUAUGAUGGUGGCAGCAGAGUCCUACAAUACUUACUUGAGAUGCAAGUGAAGGGUCAGGAUAAAUGGUCUGGUGUUAACACAUUUAAGACAAUGGAAGCAACUGUUAGCAAUCUUAACCAAGGAGAAGAGUAUCUAUUUAGAAUUACAGCUAUGAAUGACAAGGGGAAGAGCGAUCCCAAGGUUCUGGCCAGCCCAAUAGCAGCCAAGGACUUGGUGUAUGAGCCCGAUAUAAGGCCGGUGUUCAGCAGCUACAGUGUCAAAGUAGGGAAAGACUUAAGUGUAGACAUUCCCAUCUUUGGCCGUCCAAAACCAAUUGUGAAUUGGUCUAAGGAUGGUGGCCCUCUCAAGUUCACCACCAGAGUCAACAUAAUCAACACAUUAAAACAAACAACUCUGAGCAUCAAGGAGGCAGUAGGAGAUGAUGGUGGAAUGUACAGCAUCAACGCUGCUAACUCUACAGGAAAGAAGGACACAACCGUAGAAAUUAUUGUUCUUGAUAAGCCCGGCCCCCCAUCUGGCCCUGUGAGAUUUGAUGAAGUCACAACACAAAGUAUUACUAUUUCCUGGGACCCUCCAAAGCAUAAUGGUGGCUCCCAAAUCUCCAACUACAUUGUCCAAAAGAGAGACACUACUUCAACAACAUGGGAGAAUGUUAGCAUCAACUAUGCCAGAACCACAAUCAAAGUACCAAGGCUGAAGACAGGAGCUGAAUAUCAGUUCAAGAUCAUUGCUCAGAACCGCUAUGGCAAGAGUUAUGGUCUUGACUCUCAUGCUGUCUUUGCCCAAUAUCCAUACAAGGAACCAGGCCCUCCAGGUACUCCGUCAAUUGGCUCUCUCUCCAAGGACUUCCAGGUGGUUGAGUGGCACGAGCCUGUCUCCGAUGGAGGCAGCCCUGUACUUGGCUACCAUCUUGAAAGAAAAGAAAGAAAUAGCAUCAUGUGGGUAAAGAUCAACAAGACUCUGAUUCAUGACACGUCAUUCAAGAGUCAUCCCUUAGAGGAAGCUAUUGAAUAUGAAUACAGGGUGUCUGCAGAGAACAUCGUGGGCAUCGGCAGGUGCAGCAAGAUCUCAGAAGGCUGUGUUGCACGUGAUCCCUGUGAUCCUCCUGGCACCCCAGAGGCCGUCCAUGUGACCAAAGACACCAUUGUAAUCCAGUGGACCAAACCUGAGUAUGACGGAGGUAGCAGCAUUACUGGUUACACUGUGGAGAAACGGGACCUGCCAGAAGGCCGUUGGAUAAGGGCUAAUUUCACCAACGUCAUUGAAACUAAAUUCACUAUUAGUGGCCUGACUGAAAAUGCACAAUACGACUUUAGAGUCAUUGCUAAGAAUGCAGUAGGCACUAUCAGCAAGCCAUCUUACAACAGCGGACCAAUAAUUGCAAGUAAUGAGUUGGAGGCACCUAAAUACUCUAUUGACCCUGCAUUUACUAAGACAAUCAUCAUUAAUGCAGGAGAAACAUUCAAGAUGGAUGCUGAUGUCCAUGGGAAGCCACUUCCCUCAAUCCAGUGGAUUAAGGACGAAAAGCCAGUUGAGAAUACACUGAGGUUGGAGAUCAAAAACUCUGACAACCAUGCUAUGAUAACUAUCAAGGAUUCUGUCAGGGUUGACGGCGGUCUAUACACUCUUCAAUUGACGAAUCUUGCUGGCACUGAGAAUGUUCAGUUCAAUGUUGUGGUCCUCGACAGACCAAGCCCAUGCGAAGGACCUCUCUGUGUAACUGGAGUGGCUGAAGACCGAUGCACAUUGGCAUGGCGGGCCCCUCUACAUGAUGGAGGAAGUACGAUUAAUCGCUACAUCAUUGAGAGGAGAGAGACUAGCCGCCUUGCUUGGACUGUUGUCACCAACAGCUGUGAAACCACCUACUUCAAGGUCUCUAAGUUACUGGAAGGCAAUGAAUACAUGUUCCGUGUCAUGGCUGGCAACAGUUAUGGAGUCAGUGAUUCACUGGAGUCUGCAGCCGUUGUGAUGAAAACCCCUUAUGUUCCACCUGGUUCUCCGCAUGUCGAGGAUGUGUCUCAAAUUGCCCACGAUGGAAUGACAAUCACCUGGUCUGCUCCCGAGAGUGACGGUGGAAGUGAGGUCACUAACUACAUCAUUGAAAAGAAGGACAGGACUGGAAUCCGAUGGAUGAGAUGCAACAGACAGAAGGUGACUGACCUCUCCUUCAGAGUAACCGGUCUCACCACUGACCAUCAGUAUGAGUUCAGAGUAGCUGCUGAGAACGUGGCUGGGUUGGGCGUACCAAGCAUGCCAACCUCCAGCUACAAGGCAUGUUAUCCGAAGUACAAGCCCGGUGCACCAGUGUAUGUGAAUUUGAUUGACUCCACCAAGAGCUCCCUCACAGUUUCGUGGGGUAAGCCUUUGAGUGAUGGAGGCACUGCCAUCCAGGGAUACGUGGUAGAGGUCUGUAAGGUUGAGGAGGAGCAGUGGACCAUGGUGACCCCACCUACUGGCCUACGUGUCAACAAAUAUGAAAUCUCCAAACUCACUGAGGGACAAGAAUACAAGAUCCAAGUGUGUGCUUUGAACAAGCUUGGAGUGGGAGAACCAACAGCUAUCUCAGGAACAGCUAAGCCAGAAGAGAGGGUAGACCCACCAGAGAUACUCUUAGACUCUGAGCUUAGGAAAGGAAUCACUUUGAAGGCAGGUGGGUCUGUUCGGAUCAGCAUCCCCUUCAAGGGAAGGCCAACACCUGAAAUCCAGUGGACUAAAGAUGAGGUUGAACUGACAGAGAAGGCUGUUGUUGAGAAGGCCCUCAAUUACACCCAGCUGUCUAUUGACUCAUGUGACAGAAGCGACACAGGAAGAUACAUCCUUUCCCUGACUAACAGCAGUGGUACUGCGUCCGAGCAUGUGUCUGUUAAAGUCCUGGAUGCACCUGGUGCCCCUCUGAAGCUUCAAGUAAAAGAAAUCAAGAAAGACUCUGUAACCCUUUUCUGGGAAGCACCACUCAUUGAUGGAGGCUCUAAAAUCAAAAACUAUGUCAUUGACAAACGUGAAUCAACUAGGAAAGCAUAUGCCAACGUGUCCACAAAAUGCUCCAAGACAACAUUCAAGGUUGAAAACCUCAUUGAGGGUGCUUUGUACUAUUUCAGAGUAAUGGCGGAGAAUUUGUAUGGCGUUGGUCAGGCUAUUGAAACCAAGACAGCCAUCAAGGCUUCUGAAGUCCCACAGCCUGUUGGAAAAGUAUUCCUCACUGAUGUCACAAAGGUCAGUGCAUCCCUGGCCUGGGAGAAACCUGAACAUGAUGGUGGAAGCAGGAUUGCUGGCUACCUGAUUGAGAUGCAGCCCAAGGGUACAGACAAGUGGGGCGUCGCAACCAGCACAAAGACCUGCGAGGGCACAGUCACAGGUCUUACUUCUGGGACAGAGUAUUUGUUCCGUAUUGUUGCUCACAAUGAGAAGGGAAAGAGUGAGCCUCAGCCACUUGCUGCACCUGUAAUCGCCAGUGACAUGACUAUUGAACCCAGUGUUAAGAUGCAAUUCAGCACUUACAGUGUAUUGUCUGGUAAGGAUCUAAGGAUCGAUUUCCCAGUGCUCGGCAGACCCAAACCUAGAGUCACCUGGACCAAGGAGGGCCAAUCUCUGAAUGUUACUUCUAGAGUAAAUUUGGUUAACACUAUGACAACAACUGGAAUUCACAUCACUGAGGCUUGCAAGGAGGACUAUGGGAAAUAUUCCAUCACAGCAGUUAACACAGCUGGAAUAUUCACUGAGUCGGUUGGCAUCAUCAUACUAGACAAACCUGGUCGACCAACUGGUCCAAUUAAAGUUAUUGAAGUGAGUAACACCUUUGUCCACCUGUCCUGGGAUGCUCCGGAGUACACUGGUGGAUGCCAGAUCAAGAACUACAUAGUUGAAAAGAGGGACACCACGACAACUACCUGGCAGACAGUCACUACCCAGCUCGCCAGAACUGCUGUUAAGAUCACCAAAUUAAAGACUGGGGCUGAAUACCAGUUCAGAAUCUUUGCUGAAAACAGAUAUGGAAAGGGCAUGUCUCUUGAAUCUAAGGCCAUCGUCAUCCAGUAUCCUUACAAAGUCCCUGGGCCUCCAGGAACUCCAUAUGUGAAGUCUGCAACAAAGGAGAUGAUGAUCAUUGAAUGGAAUGUGCCAGUUAAUGAUGGUGGUAGUUCAGUUACCGGCUACCAUCUGGAAAGUAAGGAGAGAAGCAGCAUUCUAUGGAACAAACUCAACAAGACCCUCAUCAAUGAUACUGAAUUUAAGAUCAGUAACCUGGAAGAAGGUAUUGGAUAUGAAUUCAGGGUCAGUGCUGAGAACAUUGUGGGUGUUGGCAGAUGUAGCAAAGUGUCAGACUCCUUUGUGGCCCGUGACCCUUGUGAUCCUCCUGGCACCCCUGAGGCUGUAAAGAUCUCCAAGAACGUCAUUAAGAUCCAGUGGACCAAGCCACAAUAUGAUGGUGGGAGUAAAAUAAAUGGAUACAUUGUGGAGAUGAAGGAACUAUCUCUCGCUGAGGCACGUUGGAUCAGAGCUAACUACACCAAUGUAAUUGAGACUGAAUACACUACCACUGGACUCACAGAAAAUGAAAAGUAUGAGUUCAGAGUCAUUGCCAAAAAUGCAUCUGGUGUGUUUAGCGACCCCUCAGACAGCUCUGGACCUAUCACUGCUACUGAUGAGAUUGAACCACCAAGGGCCUCUAUGGAUCCAAAAUACAAGGAUGUCAUUGUUAUCCAUGCUGGAGAGAAUCUUCUACUUGAUGCAGAUAUACAUGGCAAGCCACCCCCUGAAGCCCAGUGGCUGAAGGAGGGCAAGGUGAUGGACAAAGUGCUCCGCGUUGAAGUUAAGAACACACAGAAACAUGCUGCAAUGCUGAUUAAAGAUGUUACCAAGCUCGAUAGUGGGAACUAUGACCUCAGCCUACAAAACGUGGGUGGUGUGAAGACCUUCCCCAUUACUGUAAAGGUUCUAGAUAAACCCGGCCCCCCAGUUGGACCCAUCAAAGUUUCUGGAGUCAUGUCUGACCGGUGUAUCCUUUCCUGGUCAGAGCCGGCUCUAGAUGGUGGAGCAAACAUCACACAUUACAUCCUAGAGAAGAGAGAGACGAGCAGGCUGUCUUGGACAGUGGCUGCCCCAAGCAUUAAGGCGCUCUACUAUAAAAUGGUUAACUUGAUGGCUGGAAAUGAAUACCUUUUCAGAAUCAGGGCAGUGAACAAAUAUGGUGUUGGUGAUUACUUAGAGACAGAACCUGUUGUUGCCCGUAACCCAUACACCCCCCCGAGUGCUCCUGGAGGUCCUGAAGGAAGUCAGAUCACAAAGGACUCCAUAGUUCUCUCCUGGACCGCACCAGAGCACACUGGUGGUAUUGACAUUGAUUGCUAUCACCUUGAGAAGCGUGACAAGGAUGGAGUAAGGUGGACCAAAUGCAACAGGCAGAAGCUCACCGAAACACACUUCCAAGUGACAGGACUUAUGACUGAUCACUUCUACGAGUUCCGCGUUGCAGCCGAGAACGAGGCAGGGAUGGGAGAACUGAGUGAGCUCUCGCUGUUGUACAGGGCAUGCGAUGCCACCACGCCACCUGGAGCUCCCCACCACCCUAAGGUGACAGACUUCACCAAGUCAACCGUGUCUCUUUCCUGGGGCAAACCACAGUCUGAUGGUGGAGCUUACAUCAAGGGUUACAUUGUGGAGAUGAGGGAGUACACACCAGAGCCUGAGGAGGAUGAGGCCGAAGUGGCCCCAGCAGUGGAAACAGCAGUUGAAAAGGAAUGGAGUAUGUGCACUCCGCCUGCUGGAAUCCAGGCAACUAAACUCACUGUAAAAGAUCUAAAAGAAGGUGGAGAAUUCCAGUUCCGUGUUUGCGCUAUCAACUCUGAGGGAGUGGGAGAGGCUGCUAAUGUCAGUGGCUCCGUUGUCACAACAGAGAAAGUGGAGGCUCCAGAAAUCGAACUACAUGCUGACCUCAGAAAGGUGGUGUCUGUCCGCGCUGGUGGAACCUUACGUCUGUUUGUCACAAUCAGAGGAAGACCAGAACCUGCUGUCAAAUGGGAGAAAGUGGACGGCAGUCUGACUGACCGUGCUAUCAUUGAGGCAACCAGCUCAUACACUAUGCUUGUUAUUGACAAUGUUAAUCGCUUUGACAGUGGUAAAUAUUCUCUAACCUUGGAGAAUGAUAGUGGAACUAAAUCUGCCCUUGUUGCCGUCAGAAUUCUUGACACACCUAGUGCUCCACAGAUGUUCAUCAUCAAGGAGCUUAAAAAGAAUUCAGUGACUCUUUCCUGGGAUACCCCACUUACCGAUGGUGGCUCUAAAAUCACAAACUACAUCUUGGAGAAGAGGGAGUCUGUCAGAAAAGCCUACACCACUGUGACAAGCAACUGCACAGCCAACUCCUUCAAGAUUGAAGAGUUGCCAGAGGGAGGCAUUUUCUACUUCCGUGUCUGCGCUGUUAAUGAGUAUGGCCAGGGACAGAUGGUUGAAACUAAAGAAGUUAAGGUUUCUGAGGUGCCAUUGCCUCCAAACAAAAUCACCCUCACUGAUGUCACAAAGACCAGCGUGUCACUUGCUUGGGAGAAGCCUGCCCAUGAUGGAGGAAGCAAAAUUAUGUGCUACAAUGUUGAGUUUAAGCCUAAAUCUGUUGAUAAGUGGGGCACGGCAUGCACAGUAAAAGUACCGGAAGCCACUAUUCCUAAUCUUACUCCUAAUGAAAUAUAUUCAUUUAGAGUUGUUGCUAUUAACGAGAAAGGAAAAAGCGAGCCAAAGGAACUAGGACUUCCUGUGACUGCCAAAGAUGUUGCUAUUGAACCAUCUGUUAAUCUGUUGUUCAACACAUACACUGUGAAAGCCGGAGAGGAUCUGACUGUUGAGGUCCCAGUAAGAGGAAGGCCUAAGCCUGUUGUUUCCUGGAAAAAGGAUGCACUACCUUUGAAGCAAACAUCAUCAGUAACUAUCCUAAAUAGUGUGACUGCAUCCAAGAUCCUCAUCAAGGAAGCAGGAAGAGAACAUGUUGGCAAAUAUGAGAUCACAUUGGCCAACACUGGUGGCACAGUCAGUGCAGACAUUGGAAUAAUAGUUCUUGAUAAGCCAGGACCACCCAAAGCUUUCAAGGUGGAUGCUGUUACUUCAGACAGCAUCACGGUAUCCUGGUCUCCACCAGAUUAUGAUGGUGGCUGCUCUAUCAGCAGCUACAUUGUAGAGAAAAGGGACACAAACUCACAAGAAUGGCAGCUGGUAGCAAGCAAUGUUGCUAGAAAUGCUUUUAAGGCUGGUCGUCUGACACACAGAGCAGAGUACCAGUUCCGCAUCUAUGCAGUCAACCGUUACGGAAAGAGUACGUAUCUGGAUUCUCCUGGAAUCACUGCUCAGUAUGACUCCAAACAACCUGGUCCUCCUUCUACUCCCAUCGUAAAGCUAGCCACCAAGGCCUUCAUGCUGGUGACGUGGAAUGAGCCUGUCAAUGAUGGAGGUAGCACGGUUCUGGGCUACCACCUGGAAAGCAAGGAGCGCACUAGCAUCCUCUGGAACAAGAUCAACAGAGGCAUGAUCAAAGACACAGAGUACAAGGUCUCCGGCAUCGAGGAGGGGAUGAUAUAUGAGUACAAAGUGUAUGCUGAGAACAUCGCUGGAAUCGGUAAAUCUAGUAAGGCAUGUGAAGGUGUAGCAGCUAGAGACCCAUGUGAUCCUCCAGGCACGCCUGUCGUCACUGCAGUUACCAGAAAAUCUGUUUCCCUGACUUGGACUAAGCCAGAGUAUGACGGUGGAGCCAAGGUGUCUGGGUACACUAUUGAAUCCAGAGACCUUCCUCAAGGUCGCUGGACCAGAUGCAACUUCACCAAUGUGCCAGAGACCUACUAUGACGUGACAGGCCUCACAGAAAACAGCCAGUAUGACUUCCGUGUCAUUGCCAAGAAUGCAGCUGGAUUAUUUAGUGAGCCGUCAGACAAUACUGGCUCCAUCACCGUUAAAGACGAUGUUGAUCCACCACGCAUCAUGAUGGAUGUGAAAUUCAGAGACACAGUUGUUGUGAAAUCAGGAGAGACUUUGAAGAUUAAUGCUGAUCUUGCUGGACGUCCUGCUCCUGUUGUGUCCUGGACCAAGGACGGUAAGGAGAUUGAACUGAGAGCCCGUAUCCAGAUUAUUUCCACAGAAACAAGCACCUCUGUCAUCAUUAAGGAUUGCAUUCGAAGAGACUCUGGCCAGUAUACCCUGACUCUGCAGAACAUUGCUGGAACUGUCACAAUGCCAGUGAAAUGUGUGAUUCUUGAUAAGCCAGGGCCGUGUGCAGGUCCUCUGCAGACCACCGGUUUGACCGCUGAGAAGUGUAAUCUGUCAUGGGGACCUCCUCAGGAGGCUGGCGGUGCAGAGAUCACUCACUACGUCGUGGAGAAGCGGGAAACCAGCCGCUUGGCCUGGACACUCGUUAAAGGAGAUCUCGUAAAAACAUACCUUCAAGUCACGGGAUUGCUCAAGGGCAAUGAAUACAUCUUCAGGGUCUUGGCAGUCAAUAAACAUGGGCUGGGUGAAGCCCUUCAAUGUGAUACAGUCAAGAUAACAGAUCCAUUCACUGUCCCCUUGGCUCCUUUCAGUGUUGAGGUCACCGAAGUAACUGGAGAUUCAAUGACUCUAACUUGGUCCAAGCCAGUCACUGACGGUGGAAGCCCCAUCAGUGGUUACGUUGUUGAGCGACUUGAGAAGACUAGCACCCGCUGGAUCCGUGUGAACAGGGAACCAGUGGUCGAGUGCACCACAGUGGCAAGAAAAUUGCGCAAGGGCUUGGAGUAUGAUUUCAGAGUUUAUGCAGAGAAUGCUGCUGGCUUGAGUCCGCCAAGUCCUGCGUCUGCUUCACAAAGAGCAGUAGAUGCUCUGGUUGUUCCUUGUCGCCCCACCAAGCCCAAGAUGGUGAACUCUACUAAGAACACUGUGACCAUUGUCUGGAAACCACCAACCGCUGACGGUGGUGCACCUGUCGUUGGAUACAGAGUAGAAUACAGAGAGUUCAUUCACAGACCACAGCCUGAGGAGGAGGAGGAGGAAUACUAUGAGGAUGAGGAAGAAGACCCUGAAACGCCAGAGGAGCUGGCAAGAUGGAUUGAAGCCAUUCCUCUCACCAAAAGUCUUGAGUUCACCAUCCCAGGGCUGAAAGAAGAAACUGAAUACGAGUUCUGUGUUCUGGCUAUAAAUAAGGUUGGCAUAAGUGUUAGGAGCAUAUAUUCAGAUCCAGCCUUUGCAAUGGACAGAAGUGCAGAGCCUUCAUUUGAUGAUGACCUUGAUAUGCGAAAGCUGCUUGUCGUCAAGCACGGCAUUGCAUUUACCCUGAAUGUACCAUUCAAGGGAAAACCAGUACCAUCUGUUGUAUGGGCCAAGGAGGGAGUCGAUCUCAAGAUUAGGGGAACCAUUGAAUCAACAGAAUCCAGUACUUCCCUAACCAUUGAGAACUCAAGCCGAAAUGACUCUGGAGAGUACUCUGUCACCCUUGAAUCUCCCCUGGGAACACCAACUAUGCCUAUGGUGGUCAAAGUGCUGGACUCUCCUGGACCUCCGGUCAAUGUGAAGGUAACAGCGGUGACCCGGGACUCUGCUAGCCUCAUCUGGGAAGCUCCAGAGAAUGACGGUGGUGAUAUCGUGAAGGCCUACCAUGUUGAGAAGCGGGAGGCCAGCAAGAAGGCCUGGGUAUCUGUGACCAGUAGCUGCCAUGCCUUGGCUCACAAGAUAGAAGACCUGCAGGAAGGAGCAUUCUAUUAUUUCAGAGUAACUGGAGAAAAUGAAUAUGGAGUGGGAGUUCCCCAGGAGGCCAAGAAUGCCACAAAGAUAACAGAGGUACCAAGUAUUCCUACGAAACUUGGAGUUGCAAAUGUUACCAAGGACUGUGUCACCAUUGCCUGGACCCGGCCAGAGUGCGACGGUGGCAGCAGGGUGUCUGGCUAUCUCAUUGAAGCCAUGGAGAAGGGACAGAGCAAGUGGGUUAAGUGUGCUACAGUGAAAACCAUGAGUCACACCAUCAAGAGCUUGAGGGAAGGUGCUGAGUACUUCUUCAGAGUGCGUGCUGAGAACCAUGCCGGACUCAGCGAGCCCAAAGAGAUGAUUGUACCGGUUGUUGUCAAAGAAAUACACGAGUUUCCUGAGUUUGAUCUGAAGAACUACCCAAAGAACACUGUCUAUGUAAGAGCAGGUGGCAACCUGACCUUUGAGAUUCCUCUCAGUGGCAAGCCCAUGCCUAAAGUGACCAUGUCCAAGAACAACGUUGUUAUCAAGGGCUCCAAGAGGCUACUGACUGAAGUCACCCCAGAGAGCCUCACAAUCACCUUGAACGAGAGCACCACUAGUGACGCUGGGAGAUAUGAGGUCACUGCCUCUAAUGUCGGAGGAACCACCAAGAUCCCCGUCAUCUUUGUGGUGCUGGACCGCCCUGGACCUCCUGUCGGCCCAUUGGAGGUGGGAGAGAUCGGAGAAAGUACAGUGUGUCUGAAAUGGUCUCCUCCGGAAUAUGAUGGCGGCAGCCCAGUCACAAACUAUAUUGUUCUCCGACGUGAGACCAGUACUCCUAGCUGGACAGAGGUCUCCACGAACAUCGCCCGAAGUGCGGUCAAGGUGACGAAACUAACCAGGGGAGAGGAGUAUCAGUUCAGAAUCAAGGCAGAGAAUCGCUACGGAGUCAGCAACCACAUUGACUCUAAACCAAUCACAGUCAAGCUUCCUUACACCAUCCCUGGCCCGCCUUCCACCCCCUGGAUCGGCUUUGUCUCGAGAGAGAACCUGCUGGUGUGCUGGAACGAGCCUGUGGUAGACGGUGGAAACCAGGUGAUCGGAUACCACCUCCAGAUGAAGGAACGAAGCAGCAUCUUGUGGCAGAAGGUGAACAAGACGGCCAUCCCAGCCAACCAGUGGAGGGUCUCCAAUAUCUGCCCUGGUCUCUUCUAUGAGUUCAAGGUUGCUGCAGAAAACGCAGCUGGCAUUGGCAAGUUGAGCAAAACAUCAGAGGAAGUACUGGCUAUCGAUGCCUGUGAGCCCCCAGCCAACGUGCAAGUGACAGAAGUUACCAAGAACUCCGUCUGCCUGGCCUGGCAGAGGCCCCCUUACGAUGGUGGCAGCAAGAUCACCGGCUACAGCGUAGAGAUGAGAGAUGGUCCCAAAGGACGAUGGGUGAAAGCAAACUUCACCAACAUCAUUGACAUGGGCUUCACUGUGUCUGGUCUGACCCAGGAUGAGUCCUACGAGUUCAGAGUCUAUGCCAAGAAUACUAUCGGCUCAGUGAGCAACCCAUCCCUCAGCGCUGGCCCAGUCACCUGUGUUGAUUCAUGUGGUGCUCCUGCGAUUGACCUUCCCCCGGAGUACCUGGAUGUCGUCCAAUACAAGGCUGGAGUUGCAGUGAAACUCAUGGUGGGAAUCAUUGCCAAUCCUCUGCCAACCAUCGAGUGGCUAAAGGAUGGGAAGGAGCUGGUGUCCUCCUCCAUACUGUCGGUUGAAAGCACAACAGAUUUCUCUGGUGUGCUCAUCAAGGACGCCUCUCGCUUCAACACCGGCACAUACGAAAUAAAGAUCAAGAACGCUCUGGGUUCGGCCUCUGCAUCCAUCAGGAUCGAAAUUCUUGACAAGCCUGGUCCCCCGGCUGGUGAAAUUACAUUCAAAUCCGUCACCGCCGACCGCAUCAUCUUGGGCUGGGAGGCGGUGCCCGAGGAUGACCAAGGAGGCGCCAAAGUGACACACUACGUGGUGGAGAGGCGCGAAACCAGCCGAGUGGUUUGGUCCACGGUGUCUGACUGCUUGGAGCAGACCCAUGUCAGUGUUUCAAAGCUGUUGAGAGGAAACGAGUAUGUGUUCCGAGUGAUGGGGGUCAGCAAGCUUGGAGUCGGAGAAGCUCUUGAGUCCGAACCAGUCGUCGCUAAGAAUGCCUUUGUGACUCCUGGGCAGCCACGCACCCCUGAGGUGAACACCAUCACCAAGACCAAUAUGUUGGUGGAAUGGGGCAAACCAGGCUUGGAUGGAGGCAUUGCCGUCACUGGCUACUACCUGGAGAGACGUGACAAGAAGAGCUUGCGCUGGAUCCGGGUUAACAAAGACCUUAUCACUGACACCAAGCAGACCAUCUUCCAUCUGACAGAGGGCAAUGAGUACCAGUACCGCGUAUGUGCCAUCAACAAGGCGGGAUUAGGGCCCCUCUCUGAGGUAUCGGACUACUACAGGGCCGCUGAUCCAGUUGAAUAUCCAGAUGAGCCCUGUAAGCUGAGGGUGGUGGACUCCACCAAGACAUCCAUCACCUUGGGCUGGUCCAAGCCUGAAUGGGAUGGAGGCAGCGAGGUCAUCAGCUACAUGGUGGAGAAGCUUGUGGAGGGAGAGGAAGAAUGGGCCCUUAUUACCUCCAAGGGAGAGGUCAAAACAACAGAGUACACUGCCCAUGAUCUGAAGCCAGACGUCAAUUACUUCUUCAGAGUGUCUGCCAUCAACUGUGCUGGUCGUGGAGAGCCUCUGGAGAUGACUGAUGCUGUGCAGGCCAAGGACAUCCUGGAGGAGGCCAAGGUGGAUCCAGAUGUAGCCAUGAGAACUCAUUACAUCGUCAAGGCAGGAAAGGAUGUAGAGCUGUCUGUUCCCCUGAAGGGAAGACCUGCACCCACAGCCUCCUGGAGCAAGGGAGACGAGUGCAUCAACAACGACCCCAAAUAUGAGUUCCACCACUCAGACACCACCUCAGUCCUUGUCAUGCGUGAGAUUACCAGGCUUGAUACUGGAAAGUACAAUGUCAAGAUUGCGAAUGGGGUGGGAGAACCCCAGACCGUGACCCUCUCUGUAAAGGUCCAGGACACCCCUGCUCCCUGUAGGAAUCUGGUUCUGAAGGACGUGACUCGUGGGAAAGUGACACUCUGCUGGGAGACCCCACUUCUGGAUGGUGGAGCUGAAAUCAACAACUACAUCAUUGAGAAGAGAGAUUCUUCAAAGAGGGCAUAUUCUGCUGUCACCAAUAAAUGCACUGACACAACAUACACCAUUGAAGACCUCUCUGAGAAAACGUCUUUCUUCUUCCGCGUGUCUGCGGAGAAUGAGAAUGGCAUUGGUGACCCAUGUGACACUGCUGAGCCAGUGAAGGCUACCGAGGUACCAGGACCAGUCAAGGAAGUGACCAUGAAGGAUUCAUCCAAGACCUCCGUCACUCUCCAGUGGCUGAAACCGGAUUAUGAUGGUGGCAGCAUCAUCUCUGAUUAUAUGAUUGAGAAGAGGCUGCAGAGUGAGGAGGAAUGGUCCCUGGGAGGAACGAGCAAGCAGUGUGAGUGUGAGGUGAAGAAACUAAAAGAACAUACAGGUAUGUUCUUCAGAGUUGCUGCAAGGAAUGAUAAGGGUCAAGGUGACUUUGUGGAGGUUGGGCCAAUCAAGGUGAUCGACUACAUUAUUACACCUGAGGCCUGUCUUGCAGACUACCCAGGAGGAACCUUUAGUGUUCGUCUGGGACACAAUGUCCACAUUGAGCUGCCCUACAAGGGCAAGCCGAGACCAAAUACCCUGUGGUUCAAGGACAGCAUGCCUCUGAAAGAGAGCGACCAGAUCCGCUUCAAGAAAACUGAGAGCAAAGCCACAAUAAUGAUCAAGAAUGUUACAAAGGAGAAUGAGGGAAAAUACACGUUAACCCUUGACAACAACGUCAACAGGAAAUCCUUCCACAUCCAUGUGAUCACAUUGGGACCAACUUCCAAGCCGGUCGGACCGAUCCUCUUGGAUGAGGUGAGAGCCGAGAGCAUCACAAUCUCAUGGGAGGAACCCAAUGACGACGGAGGUGGAGAAAUCACGUGCUACACUAUAGAAAAGCGGGACGCCACUCAGUCUGACUGGAAGAUGGCCUGCUCUAGUGCGCAAGGCACACAGUUCAAGAUCCCCAACCUGAUCAAGGGUUCGCAGUACCAGUUCAGAGUGUGUGCUGAGAAUAGAUACGGUCUGAGUGAGCCGCUUCUGUCCCAGAUGGUUAUUGCUAAGCACCAGUUCAGGCCUCCAGGCCCACCAGGCAUUCCCUUUGUGUACAACGUCACCAACGACGGCAUGUCCAUCCAAUGGGAGGAGCCCAUCUAUGACGGCGGUGCGCCCAUCCAAGGUUACCAUGUGGAGAAGAGAGAGAUGAACAGCAUCAUGUGGCAGAAGGUGAACAACAUGCUGGUGACCAAGAGGGAGUACCGCAUCCUGGGCCUGAUCGAAGGCCUGCAGUACUCCUUCAGGGUCUACGCCAAGAACGACUCUGGAUUUAGCAGGAUGAGUGACGUCAGCAAGCCAACCAUGGCUGUCUCUCCUGUUGAUCCUCCUGGCCAGCCGGACUACACCGAUGUGACUGGUGACUCUGUGAGCUUGAAGUGGGAUGCUCCCAAACGAGACGGUGGCAGUAAAAUCACUUCCUAUAGCAUUGAGAAACGGCAGGGCAAGGGUCGCUGGUUCAGGGCUAACCUGACAGAAGUCCAUGACUGCGAGCACACAGUUACUGGCCUGGCUGUGAACGAGCGCUAUGAGUUCAGAGUCAUCGCCAGGAAUGCAAUUGGCGUUAUCAGCCCACCUUCUAACUCCUCUGGCUUCAUCGUGGUCAGAAGUGAAAAUGCUGCACCAAACAUUGAGUUUGGCCCCGAGUACUUUGAAGGAUUAACAGUCAAGGCAGGAGACAACAUCCGACUGAAGGUGACCAUCACCGGCCGUCCUGUUCCCAAAGUGGUGUGGCACCGAGAUGGAGUGGAGAUAACCAAGAAGAUCAUGGACGUUAUUAACAUGGCUGGAUCCAGCACCCUGUUUGUCAGGGAUGCUGAUCGUACCCAUAAGGGUGUCUAUUCUGUUGAGGCCACCAAUGGCUCUGGAACCAAGAAGGAGACUAUUAAUGUCCAAGUCCAAGACACACCUGGGGAGCCGGUGGGACCCAUCACCUUCAGCCGUAUCUCCGAGGGCAAGUGCACGCUGUCCUGGAGCCCGCCAGAGAACGAUGGCUGCUCCGAGGUUUCUCACUACCUUAUCGAGAAGCGUGAGACAGCCAAGAUAUCUUGGGCAAUGGUUACUGAUGAGUGCAAGGAAUGCACCUUUGAUGCCACAAAGCUGAUAAAAACUAACGAAUACCAGUUCAGGAUUUCUGCUGUCAACAAGUUUGGAGUGGGAAGACCUUUGGACUCCACCCCUGUCAUCGCUCAGUUGCAAUACACAACUCCGGAUGCCCCAGGCACUCCUGAUGUCACCGAGGCGAGCGGAGACAGCAUCACACUAGCCUGGACAGCGCCAACCUCUGACGGAGGAGACCCCAUUCAGUCCUACAUCCUGGAGAAGCGGGAGAAGAAGACCACCCGCUUCUACAAAGUGAUCACGAAGAAAGCCAUCACUGAGGUUGCUCACAAGGUGCUCCACCUCACUGAGGGAACCGAGUACGAGUUCCGUGUCAUGGCCGUGAACAAUGCCGGUGUGGGCACUCCAAGCAAUGUCUCGAUGCCCAUCAUGGCCGCAGAGCCCAAGGACAUCCCCUGUGCCCCGUCGGUGGUCUGUGUGUCUGACUCCAGCAAUACCAGCAUAAGCCUUGAAUGGUCCCGGCCCGCAGAUGAUGGAGGCACGGAGGUCCUGGGCUACAUCAUCGAGAUGGUUAAGGGAGAAGAAGAGGAAUGGACGAGAGUGAACGAGGAAUUGGUGGCACAAACCACCUACGAGGUGAUUGGCCUGGAGACAGGAUCUGAAUACCUGUUCCGUGUUGCGGCGGUCAACCAUGUGGGCCGGGGUGAGGACCAGAAGACCCCCGAGGCUGCUCUGGCCGUAGACAGACUCACGCCCCCACAGGUUGACAUCGAUGCAAGCUUUAAGCAGACGCACAUCGUCAAGGCUGGAGGCUCGGUAUGUCUGGGAAUCCACUUCAGAGGGAAGCCCAUUCCCACAGCAAGCUGGACAAAGGAAGACGGGGAACUAGGUGUCUUGUCUGAGGUCUCUACUACAGAGGGCUACAGCUCACUAAGCAUGGAAAACUGCAGUAGAAAUGAAUCAGGCAAAUACAGCAUUACACUGGAGAACCCCAGUGGUAGCAAGACUAUUACCUAUACUGUGAAAGUGAUGGAUACCCCUGGAGCUCCACAGGCCCUGGCCGUCCAGGAGGUGGGCAGAGGAUCGGUCACUCUGACCUGGGAGCCUCCCAUUAACGAUGGUGGAGCCCGUAUCCAUCACUACAUCGUAGAAAGACGUGAAGCCAGCCGCCGCACCUGGCAGCAGUCUGGUGGAAAAUGCACCAAGCAGAUCCUGAAGAUUCAGAACCUGCUGGAAGGGGUUCCAUACUUCUUCAGAGUCUCCGCUGAGAACCAACAUGGCCUGGGAGAAGCCCUGGAGCUGACUGAUCCUACCAUUGCUACAGCAGAGCCUUCGUCUCCAAAGAGAAUGGACAUCCUGGACACCACAGACACCUCUGUGGCUCUGGGAUGGCUGAAGCCAGAGCACGACGGCGGUAGCCGUAUCCAGUGCUACGUUGUUGAGGUGAGAGCUAAGGGUACAGAUAAAUGGAUGGUAGUUGGAAACACAAAGAACCUCACAUUCUCUGUUGAGAAGCUGAACAAAGGUGAUGAGUAUGACUUCCGUGUCAAGGCAAAGAACGAAUCUGGCUUAAGCCAGCCGAAGGAGACUUUGGCCUCUGUUCUAGUCAAGGAGCCUCAUAUCGAACCUGCGGCUGACCUCAGUGAGAUCAUCAACCAGCUCAUCACAUGCAGGUCUGGAAAGACCUUCACCAUCGAUGUUCCUUUCAGUGGAAGACCUGCUCCUAAGGUGAGCUGGAGGCUGGAGGAGAUGAGGCUGAAGAACACAGACAGAGUCUCCAUCACGGUUGCCAAGGAUAGGACCAGCAUCACUGUUAAGGAGGCCAUGAGAGGAGAUGGAGGUAAAUACUACCUGACCCUGGAGAACGCGGCAGGAAACAAGACCUUCACUAUUAAUGUCAACGUUAUUGGAAGACCAAGUCCUCCUGCCGGAACCAUUGAGGUCUCCUCCAUCACUUCGGAGUCCUGUACGAUUGAAUGGGGAGCACCAGAGGAUGAUGGUGGAACUGACAUCACCAACUACAUUGUGGAGAAGCGCGAGUCUGGCUCCACCGCCUGGCAGCUCAUCAACUCCAGCGUGAAGCGCACCACCCUCCACGUUAGUCACCUGACCAAGUACAUGCAGUACACCUUCAGGGUCUGUGCUGAAAACCAAUUCGGAGUCAGCAAGUCCACGGAAUCUGAGACCAUCGUUGCUGAGCAUCCAUUCACACCCCCAGGCCCGCCAACCAGGCCAAGCGUGUCUGGAGUCACAGCCAACAGCAUGCACAUCAAAUGGGAAGAACCCUACAAUGAUGGAGGCAGCAAGGUGACUGGCUACUGGAUCGAGAAGAAGGAGAAGAACAUCAUCCUCUGGGUUAGAGAAAACAAGGUCCCCUGCUUUGAGUGUAACUACAAGGUGGAAGGACUGGUUGAAGGCCUGGAGUACCAGUUCAGAAUCUCUGCCAUGAACAGCGCUGGUCUCAGCAAGGCCAGCGAGGCAUCCAAGAGGACUGUUGCUCAGAACCCCGUUGGCCCACCAAGCAAACCUGAAGUCACAAACGUCACCAGAUCCACUGUGUCUCUUAAGUGGUCUUCUCCACUGAACGACGGCGGCUGUCCCAUAGUGGGCUAUAUCAUCGAGCGUAAGAACUACACCCUAACCGGGGAAGGUCGCUGGCUCAAGUGUAACUACACAAACGUGACUGAUACCUUCUUCACGGUCACCGCCCUGGGAGAGGGAGAGCCUUACGAGUUCAGAGUCGUCGCCAAGAACACCAACCAGGUGUUCAGCAUGCCUUCAGACUCUACUGGCUCCGUGCAGUGCAAGACCGACUUCGAACCUCCAAAGGCAAAGCUGGACAGCAAGUUGCUGUUGGACACGGUGACGGUCCGAGCCGGUUCUGACCUGGUCCUGGAUGCUGCUGUGGGCGGACGGCCAGACCCCAAGGCCUGCUGGUCAAAGGGAACCAGAGACCUGGAGCUGUGUGAGAAGUACCACCUGCAAUACACCCCCACCAAAGCCAUGGCCAUCAUCAAGUUUUGUGACAGGGACGACACCGGCCAGUACAUCCUGACCGUCAGGAACGUCAGUGGAACCAGGACGGCUGAGGUCAACGUCAAGGUCCUCGAUACUCCUGGUGUCUGCAAAGGCAGCAUUAGGAUCAGCAGGAUCACAGAAGAGUCAUGCACUUUGAGCUGGAACCCUCCUCUGGAGGAUGGUGGCGACGAUGUGUCUCACUACAUCGUGGAGCGCCGCGACACCAACCGCCUCAACUGGGUGGUGAUGGAUGAUGAGUGCAAGGAGCUGAAGUGCAACAUCACCAGACUGUUCAAGAACACAGAGUACUUGUUCAGAGUCCGAGGAGUCAACAAGUAUGGCUCUGGAGUCCUCCUGCAGUCUGAACCCAUGAUAGCUAGGAACACAUUCACUGUGCCAUCUCCUCCGGGAGCCCCAGAAAUCCUGGCGUCCGGAAAGGACUUUGCCACCAUCGAGUGGCUGAAGCCAGAGAGUGACGGGGGCAGCCCGAUCCUCCACUUCCUGGUGGAGAGGCGUGAGAAGAAGAGUGCCCGUUGGGUCAAAGUGAACCGGGAUGGGACCCUGGUAGACAGCAUGCUGAAGGUGUCGGACCUCACCGAGGGAAACAUCUACCAGUUCAGAGUUACUGCAAUUAACAAGGCGGGAGAGGGUGAAGCAAGUGAGGUGUCGCUAUAUGUGAUCUGCAGAGUGCCCACAUGCACUCCUGCUCCUCCUUCUAUUCCACGUAUCGUGGACACACAUGCCGAUAGCAUCAGCCUGGCCUGGUCGCGGCCGGUGGACGACGGAGGAGCCGACGUGAUUGGCUACAUCCUGGAGAUGCAGGAGUCAGGAGCCGAGGAAUGGACAAAGACCCAUGAGAAGACCCUAAGGACCAGCGAGCAUGUGGUACCAGCUCUGUCCUCAGGCAAGAAGUACUGCUUCAAAGUAGCCGGUAUCAACAUCAACGGCACCGGAGACUUCAGUGAAGCCUGCAUAGAGACGGAGCCGGUUGAGAGGAUAGAAACUCCUGACUUUGAGAUGCAUGACGACCUGAGGAAGACCAUCUGCCUGCGUGCCGGCGGUUCCCUGCGCAUGCCUGUCACGGUGACUGGCCGCCCCACUCCCGCCCUCACUUGGAGCAAGGCUGGCGUGGACCUGCAUAACCGUGGCUUCAUCGAUGUCACCAGCACCUCCACCACGCUCAUCAUCGACAAGGUGCAUCGCUACGACGCUGGCAAAUACACCCUGGUAGCAGAGAACUCUGCCGGAAAACAGGAGGUCCAUAUCCUCGUGAAGAUCUACGACACACCUGGGCCAACUGGACCAAUCAAGAUCAAGGAACUGAAAAAGGAGUCUGCUACCAUUUCGUGGGAGGCUUCCACAGUGGACGGCGGCGCACCAGUCAACAACUACAUCAUCGAGAGACGGGAAGCCUCCAUGAGGGCCUACAAGACCGUCACCUCCAAGUGCAGCAAGACUUCUUACAAGAUCGACGGUCUGAUGGAGGGCAUGCUGUACUACUUCAGGGUGCUGCCUGAGAACAUCUACGGCAUUGGUGAGGCCUGUGAAACACCGGACGUGAUAUUGGUGUGUGAAGUACCUGAGCCUCCUCAGAAGCUGGAGAUGAUCGAUGUCACCAAGACCUCGGUGACUCUGGGCUGGGAGAAGCCAGAGCAUGACGGGGGCAGCAGGCUGACCGCCUACACCAUCGAAGCCUGCAAGUUCGGUACUGACAAAUGGAUGAAGGUGGCUACCAUGAAGACCACCGACUUUGAGCACACCAUCGAGAAGCUGAACGAGAACGAGCAAUACCUGUUCAGAAUCCUGGCCAUCAACAGCAGAGGAGCCAGCGAGCCCAAGGAGAUGAUCACCGCUGUCACGGUUCAGGAACAAAGAGUGGUGCCCAUCGUGGAUCUGUCCAGCAUUCCUCAGAAGGUGGUGAACGUCCUGGCUGGGAAGGCUCUGGACCUGGACCUGCCCAUCGUGGGCAGACCUCCCCCAGUCUGCUCCUGGUACUUUGCUGGUACCAAGAUGAAGGGGUCGGAGCGCGUCAAGGUGAAGAGCACCGGGAAGUUCUCCAAGCUCACCGUUUCCGACACCAACAUCGACGACUCCGGCGACUACACCCUGGAGGUCAAGAACAUCACCGGGGUCACGACCGAGGUCAUCAAGGUCGUCGUGCUCUCCAAACCGGACGAGCCCAAAGGCCCAAUCAGGUUUGAUGAGGUGGACGCCACCUCAGUGACCUGUAGCUGGGAUCCCCCAGAGAGGGACGGAGGCUCCCCGGUCAGUGGCUACAUGGUGGAGCAGCGGGACGCCCACCGCCCCGGCUGGGUGCCCGUCUGUGACUCUGUCAGUAGACCCACCUUCAAAUUUGACAAGCUGAUCGAGGGCAAUGAGUAUGUGUUCCGCGCGGCAGCGGUGAACCGUUAUGGCAUGGGAGAGUUCCUGCAGUCUGACGUCGUCAUGUGCAAGAGCCUGAACAAUGUGCCCGGACCUCCUGGUCGUCCGACCGUCUUUGACGUGUCUCGUGAUGGCAUGACGGUGGCAUGGAACCCACCAGAGGAGGACGGAGGUCUGGAGGUCUCUGGCUACAUCAUUGAGCGCAAAGAGGUCAGGGCAGAACGAUGGGUGCGUGCCAACAAGAACCUGGUCACCAUGCAGAGGUACAGAUCCACCGGGCUGAUCGAGGGGCUGGAGUACGAACACAGAAUCACCGCCAUCAACGCCCGAGGGUUGAGCAAGCCCAGCCUGCUGUCCAAGCCCGCCGUUGCCACAGACCCCAUCGACCCUCCUGGGUGCCCUCAGAACCCCAGGAUCACAGAUACCACCAAGACAUCGGUGUCCCUGGCCUGGAGCGCUCCUGACGACGAGGGAGACGCCAGGGUGGACGGAUACCUCAUUGAGAUGCAGAAAGUGGGAACUCAGGCUUGGACCAAGUGCAACACCACACCGUCCCUGAUCUGUGAAUACACCCUGACUCAGAUGCCCCAAGGGGAGGAGUUUAAAUUCCGCGUCAUGGCGUGCAACGCUGGCGGCUCUGGAGAACCGGCCGAGGUCCCUGGAACCAUCAUAGUGACGGAGAUGCUCGAAUCUCCGGAUUAUGACCUUGAACUCAAGUACAAGGACGUGUAUGUGGUAAGGCAAGGAGGUGUGGUGAGGCUGUCUCUGCCCGUCAAGGGUAAACCCCAUCCCACCUGCAACUGGUCCAAGGUUGGCAGCAGCAUCUCAGAGAGUGCCAUGAUCGCCAGCACCGAGGACGCCAGCGAACUGGUGAUCAAGGGAGCGCAGAGGAGCGACUCUGGAGUCUACGACCUCCUGCUAGAAAACAAGGUCGGUAAGAAGAAGGCUACGAUCAAAGUCAAGGUCAUCGGACGACCAAGCGCACCAGAGGGACCCCUGAGCUUCGAUGAGGUCCAGGCCAACUCCGUUAAGGUGUCUUGGAAGGCUCCCAGUGACGACGGUGGUUCAGAGGUCCUGGGCUACAUUGUGGAGAGACGAGAGGCCACGAGGAAUGCCUGGUACACUGUGGACUCCCGAGUCACCGACACGCAUCUGGCUGUGAAGUGCCUGAGAGAAGGAACAGAGUACCACUUCAAGGUCACUGCUGAGAACUCUUUCGGUGUCAGCGCUUCACUCAAAUCUUCAGAACCCCUCGUUCCAAAGACCCCUGUGUGUGUUCCCGAACCCUCCAGCAUUCCACCAGAGAUCAUGGAUGUGACAAAGAGCUCUGUGGCUCUGGCCUGGACCAAGCCCAAGGACGACGGUGGCUCCCCUGUCACCGGCUACUUCCUGGAGUACCAGGUUGUGUCGGCUGAGACAUGGUCUCGCCACCAGACGAAGAUCACCUCCACCAUGUUCACUCUGCCAGGACUAACGCCCGACGCAGAGUACCUGUUCCGCGUCGUUGCCGUUAACGACAUUGGUGAGGGCGAGGCUGGAAGUGUUUCUGAAGCCGUCACCUGCAAAGAUCCAUUCGACAAGCCGAGCCAGCCUGGGGAGAUUGACACGGUGAAUGUAGCGAAGAACUUCAUCGCUAUUCGCUGGAAGGCUCCUGCGUGCGACGGAGGAAAGGUGGUGCUGGGAUACUGGGUGGAGCACAGGAAGUCUACCGAAAGCAGCUGGAAGAAGUGCAACAAACUGAGGCUGAAGGACCCAGAAUUCACCGUGCCCGGCCUGGCCGAGGCCACAGAGUAUGAGUUCAGAGUGUUUGCUGAGAACGAGACGGGCAUCAGCAGACCUCGCAGGACGGCCACAUGCAUCAAAACUAAACUCAGUGUGGAAACCAAACCAAGCCUGAGGAAGGAGAUGGAUGAGGUGACUGCGAAGCUGGGCCAGCCGGCAGUUAUGAAGUGCCAGAUCAUUGGCCGCCCCGUGCCCGACAUCAAAUGGUACCACGCCGGCAAAGAGUUGGUGGAGUCUCGCAAGAACGAGAUGAGCUCUGAUGGUCGCAACCACACACUGUCCAUCAUGACCGACCAGCAGGAAGACGAGGGAGAGUACACCUGCAAGGCCAUCAACGACGCUGGGGACGCAGAGACCACCGGAGCGCUGGUCAUAGAGGCGGCUCCCAGCUUCCAUCCCGACUACCCCCUGAAGAACACCUACUACGCCGGGCUGGGCACCACCCUGCGCAUCCACGUGGUGUACAUCGGACGGCCCGAGCCCAAAAUCAUGUGGCUCCACGGUGCCAAGACCCUGGAGAACACGGACGACAUCAGCAUCGAGACCACCGAGCACUACACACACCUGGUCAUAAAAAACGUCCAGCGCAGGGUCAACGGAGGCAAAUACAGAAUCCGCCUGCACAACCACUUUGGACGCGCCGACACUGCAUUCAAUGUGGAAAUCUAUGACAAGCCUGACAUCCCAGAGGGACCCAUCGUCCUGGAGGCUCUGCUGAAGAACUCUGUGGUCAUCAGCUGGAAGGCUCCCCAGGAUUCUGGCGGCUCCAUUAUCACCAACUACAUCGUGGAGAAGCGCGAGGACAACGAGGAGUCCACCUGGGAGCUGGUGUCCUCCUCCAUCAACGGCCUGUCCUGCCGGGUUCCCAACCUGGUCGACAGUGAAGGAUACUUCUUCCGUGUGUUUGCUCAGAAUCGCUAUGGCAACAGUGAGCCACUGGAGCUGGCUGCACCUAUCCUCAUCAAAAGUCAACUGGCCAAACCAUCCCCGCCACUGUCGCCUGUGGUCUCUGGAAUCACCAGAGACUCGUGUGUCCUCUCAUGGAAGCCUCCUAGCAGCGAUGGAGGAUCCAAGAUCAAGAGCUACUGCCUGGAAAAGAAGGAUAAGAAGGGUGACUGGACACUGGUGACCACAGACGAGAUCAAACAGACCGUGUUCUCUGUCAAGCACCUCACUGAGGGCACUGAGUACGUCUUCCGUGUGAAGUGUGAGAACUUGGGUGGACAGAGCGACUACAGCGAGGAGACCGCUCCAAUGGUUCCCGCCACAGCCGUGGACGUCCGGGCACCCGCCUUCAAGGAGGAGCUGAGGAACCUGAGCGUCAAACACAAGAGUAAUGCCACGCUGGUCUGCAAGAUCACUGGUCAGCCCAAACCUGUGAUUAAAUGGUUCAGACGAGGGAAGGAGAUCCACUCUGACGGAAAGAAGAUCAAGAUACAGGAGUUCAAGGGGGGCUACCACCAGCUGGUAAUCUCUGAAGCUGAUGAGGAAGACUCCACCGUCUACCAGAUCAGAGCCACCAACCAGGGAGGGUCCAUCUGUGCUACAGUGUCCCUGGAUGUAGAGGUUCCUGCCAAAAUCCAUUUGCCAAAGAACCUUAAGGAUAAAGAAGCCAUUCCUGCCCUGCGUGGAGAGAUGGUUAACAUCAAGAUUCCUUUCGGAGGGAAGCCAGACCCUGUUAUUACCUGGCAGAAAGGACAGGACCUGAUUGACAGCAACGGAUACUACCAGGUCAUUGUCACAAGGUCAUUCACCUCCCUGGUCUUCCCAAAUGGAGUGGAGAAGAAGGAUGCUGGUUUUUACAUUGUCUGUGCCAAGAAUCGCUUUGGCAUUGAUCAGCAGACAGUUGAGCUGGAUGUGGCUGAUGUCCCUGAUCCUCCUCGUGACAUCAAAGCCACUGAUGUCUCUCGGGACUCUGUGUCCCUCAACUGGGUGGCCCCAGCGAACGAUGGCGGCAGCAAGGUCAUCAGCUACAUCAUUGAGAAGUGUCCCACCACGGCUGAGAGGUGGGAACGUGUGGCCCAGGCUCGGGACACCCACUACACCGUCACCGACCUCUUCGGAGGAACAGGCUACCAGUUCAGGACCAUCGCCAUCAAUAAGUUUGGACAAAGCACUCCUUCCGACACCACCGGCUCAGUCAUGACCAAGGAGGACAAAUCCAGAGUUCUCCUGUAUGACAGGGAGGUUGAUGAAUCAGGCCGCAUGCCUAGGGGCAAAGCUCCCCAUUCCGGGGCCAGCAAUUUGCACAACAAGUUUGCGAUAGCUGAGGAGCUCGGCAGAGGUCAGUUUGGUAUCGUCCACCGCUGUGUCGAAAAGAGCUCUGAGAGGACCUACAUGGCAAAGUUCGUAAAAGUGAGGGGUGCAGAUCAGGCCAUUGUUAAGAAAGAAAUUGCAACUCUGAAUUUGGCCAAACACAUUAACUUCCUCAUUCUCCACGAGUCCUUCGACAGUCCUGAAGAGCUGGUGCUGAUCUUCGACUUCAUCUCUGGUGUGGACAUCUUUGAGCGCCUCAAUAUGGCAGACUUUGAGCUUAAUGAGCGUGAGAUUGUCAACUAUAUCAGACAGGUCUGCUCAGCUCUGGAGUUCCUGCAUGAUGAAUGCUAUGGGUGCUUUGACAUCAAGCCUGAGAACAUUGUGUACACAACAAGAACCAGCUCUAAUGUGAAGAUCAUUGAGUUGGGCCAGUGCAGACACCUGACUCCUGGAGACAUUACCAAGAUUCAGUAUACCACAUAUGAGUACGCAGCCCCCGAGAUUCACCAAUGCGACAUGGUGAGCUCUGUGACGGACAUGUGGUCUGUUGGUGUCCUGGCCUAUGUCCUCCUCAGUGGCUUGAAUCCAUUCACUGCUGAAACCACCCAGCAGAUGGUCGACAACAUCUCCAAUGCAGCCUACAGCUACGAUGAUGAAUCCUUUAAGCAGGUCAGCAUUGAGUCUUUAGAUUUCACCGACCGCCUGAUGACCAAGGACCGCAAGCACCGUAUGCGAGCUGUGGAGGCCCUGGAGCAUCCCUGGUUGAAGAGACCAGAGGAGGAGCUGAGCACCAGGCUGAUGCAGACCAGCAGGCAUAAGAGAUACUACCAGGCCAUGGUGAGGAAAGAGUGGAACACGGUGGUCUCUGCUGCUCGCGUGGCCAGUGGCGGCUCCAUCCGAUCCCAGAGAGGAGUCUUUGUUGCCAAGGUGAAAAUCGCUCCAUUCGAGCAUGGCCCUGUAGCAGGGCAGAUCAGCCAUUCUGUUGUCAACGAAGGAGACAACGUCAAGUUCACGUGCAACAUUGAAAACUAUGACAGCACCACUGAGGUGACCUGGUACUGUGGUGUCAGGCAGCUUGAGGCUGGGGAGAAGUUUGAGAUCGACUAUGAGGAUGGCCUUGCUGUUAUCGCCAUUAACAAGGUCACAAGGUCUGAUGACGGUACUUACAGAUGCAAGAUAGUUAACGAGUAUGGAGAGGACAGUGCCUAUGCUGAGCUCUUCAUCAAUGGUGUCAGAUCUUACCGUGACUUCUUCACCACCCGUGUAGUGAAGAGGGUGAAGAGGAGAGUUGACACUGCCAGGAUGCUGCAGAAGCCCCCAGAGUUCACCCUGCCUCUGGUCAAUCGCACCGCCUACAUCGGAGAGGACCUGCGCUUCGGUGUAACCAUCACCGUGCACCCUGAGCCUCGCGUUAUCUGGCAUAAAUCUGGACAGAAGCUUAACCCUGGAAGUGAUGAUAAGAAAUACACCUUCAUCAAUGACAAGGGUCUUUACCAGCUCAUCAUUCACAAACUGGAUAUGGAUGACGAUGCAGAGUACAGUGUUGUGGCUCGUAACACGUAUGGGGAUGACAGCUGCAAGGCUCGUGUAACUGUUAUUCCUCGACCCAAGCAAGCAGACCUCACCCUGCGGCCCAUGUUCAAGCGCCUGCUUGCUAAUGUAGACUGCAGGGAGGGCCAGAAUGCACGCUUUGAGAUCCGAGUUUCUGGCCGGCCUGAGCUUAUGUGGGAGAAGGACGGCACACCACUAGCUUUUGGCCCGUCUAUUGAGGUUGUCCAUGAGGGCCUGGAUUACUUCAUCCUGCACGUAAAAGACACUCUCCCUGAAGACUCUGGUGUGUACAGAGUCACUGCAACCAAUUCCGCUGGAUCUGCUAGCUGUCAAGCCACCCUAAAGGUGGAACAUGUCACUCAUGUAAAGAAGGAGUUUGAGAUGAGUGAGAAGGACAAGAAGAAGUUGGCUGUGAAGGUGGCCUUGGAUAAGAAGGUGAGGCUGUCUCAGAUUCUAUCUGGCACUGAAGUGAUGCCUCUGCCACCUGUGGCCAUGCAGGCAGUCAGAGAAGCUGCUAUCAUGUUCAAACCUGCCGUGACAACAAAGAAGGGUGAUAAGACAGAGGCUGAGAUACAAAAGGAGAAAGCGGAAAAGAAAAAGAGGGUAAAUGAGAAGAGGAUGCGCAUGCCAUACGAUGUGCCGGCCCCUCGCGUCAUCAACCCAGCUGCCCUGGAAGAGGAUGUAGAGAUCAAACACUUCAAGCCUUUCUCCGACAUGAAGUGGUACAAGAAGCUGCGUGAUCAGUACGAGUUCCCUGAGCCCAUGGACAAGAUCUCGCAGAAGAGGCUGAAGCCGAUCCGUCUCUCCAGGUGGGAUCAGUUCUACGAAGUGCCGUUGCCAAGGAUUAAAGACCAGUACAAGCCUAAGUGGCGCAUCCCGUCCGUCAGCCAGGACGACCUGGAGACGGUGAGGCCUGCCAGGCACCGCACUCCAUCCCCUGAGAUGGAGGCGUACAACAGGAUCAGGAGAAGAUCUCUGGGAGACUUCUCUGAUGAGGAGCUUCUGCUGCCAGUAAAUGAGUAUCUGUCAAUGAAGAGAACUGAGGAGGAAAGGCUUCUUCUCGAGGAUGAACUUGACUGCUCUUGCCUUAUCCCCAGCUUCCCCCCGAUAGAGUUUGAGCUGUCAUCCUUGCGCCCCUCCUCUCCUAGAAGAGUCUACACCGAUGACGAAGACAAGGAAGAGGUAAAGAGGUAUGACUCUUAUCGCAUCCCAUCUAAAUAUGAAGCAGGCCCAAGCUAUGUGGACCUGCGCCAGAGACACGACACAGCAACUUUCAGACCUCCCAGACAAAAGCAACGGGUCCAUGAGGAGAAGGAGGACCAGGAACUGCUGCGGCCACACAAAACCAACCAGAGAAUCACUUCCUACAAAAGCCAGCUCAAGCACAUGGAAUUUGAGGAUAAGACACGAGUCUCCAGAAAAGAGACAACUGUUACCACCUCCAAAGUUUCUGAAGCAGUGGAAUCGGAGUACAUCUCCUCAGUAGCCUCUGCAUUUAUAACUAAACCAAUCAAGAAGCUUCCUCCACCUGAGCCUGAGAGGAGAUCCCAUUCCCCUGAUAGGGCUUCCAAAUCAGAUGUUACCUUUCCUAAAGUCGACUUCCUGUCGCGGUACGAGGAGAGGAAGCAGGCUCUAAGGUCAGAGAGGAGGUCAGUGGAACGUAAGGUAGAUGUGGUGAGUCAGACCCCUUUCAGUCUGGACCACUCCCCACGUGUCACCAUCAGGAUGCGCUCACACCGCAUCCCCUACGGCUCUAACACCAAGUUUACCCUCAACAUCCAAGCAAAACCUGCGGCUGAAAUCAUGUGGUUCCAUGAUGGACACCUGAUUCACCAGAGUAAGAAAUACCACAUGAGCAACAACAGUGGUAUGCUGACUCUCCAGAUCAUUGAGUGUCUUACAGAGGAUGCUGGUACCUACCGUGUUGUAUGCAAGAAUGCCAAAGGAGAGACAUCAGACUACGCCACACUGGAUGUAUCCGGAACAGAAUACGAUGCCUUCUCUUCAUUCCGCAAGGAGGAGGAGCCACCAUCCGUUCAUCUCCCCAAGAUGACCACGACGGAGGUGUACCAUGUCUCCUCUUCAAAGACCACCGUUCAGGAAACUGCCCAGGAAACUAUACAUGAAACUGUCCAGGAAACCAUCACAGUUGUUGAGAAGAAAAGGGAGGAGCCUAGACUUCCAGCCAAGAUUUUGAAGAAACCAAAAUCUGUCAUUGUGGAAGAGGGAGACGUUGCCGUCUUUGAGUGUGAUGUUGAAGGUGAUCCAACACCUUCUAUAACCUGGCUUCGUGAAGGGGUUGCUAUAGCAUCUUCUGCCCAACACCACAUUGCCUCUACUCAGCAAAGCUCUACCUUUGAGAUUUCUUCUGUUCAAAUGUCUGAUGAAGGCAGCUACACUCUGCUGGUAGAGAAUCCUGCAGGGAAACAGGAAGCCUCUUUCACCUUGACCAUCCGCAAGGUUGUAUCUAAGGAGAAAGUAAUAGCUUCGCCUAGGGUUGUUUCACCAGAGGCCAAAUCUCCACUAGCAAAGUCCCCUGAGCCAAUCAAGUCACCCCAAAGACUCAAGUCCCCUGAACCGAUCAAGUCCCCCACACAAGUCAAGUCCCCGCAAAGCGCCAAAUCCCCUACUCCCUCUGAAUACAUUAAAGUCAGCUGUGAGAUGACAGGACAGCCCACACCCCAGUAGCUGCACAACAACAAGACGGUGUCUCUGGUCUCAACCAGGAGACUUACAUGGAACAGAGAAACACAUGUGGAGAGCUGCGACCUGCACACCUCCCUGAAGAUCUGUGCUCUGAAGGAGACGGAGGCCGAAGCCCACACCCUCAGGCUCUCCAACGAGUUUGGCUUCGACUCUGCAGCUGUUAACGUCCACAUCUGGUCCAUGUAACACCUUAACACUGUCUCCCUCCCCUCCUUCACAGCCUUUUUAUUUAUUGAAUAAGCACAAAUAUUCUUACUUGAUAAAGAACUGAAUUUCUGUUCUUGUAAAUAUGAACUAUUUUUAUACCAAACUUGACAUUAAUUUAUGCCAAACUAGACAAAAGUCUAAAGUUGUUAUAAACUGUGCCAUAUUGGAUAAUUAUGACUUAGGAUUUUUUAACCACUUUUCUGGGACGUGUACAUAAUGUAUAUAGCCGAAUAUAACGGUUAUGAAAAAUGAAUGAAUUGUUAUUUAUGACAAUAUUAACUGAAACAAAAGCAACAAAAUCUUUUCAAAGGGGAAAGUUUCAAAUGAAACGAAUACCCAUGGAAACAAAGAAACUAAAACACUGUGCCUCAACAAUAAGUUGAAGUCUUAAGAUUGCCUCAACAGGUAGUGAGGCUCCCUGUUGACGUUAUGAACAAGAUUCAGAGACAAAACUCUAAAUAUGCACAUGCCUCUGCGUGUGAUAUUACAGUAUCUAUGAACUGUAACAUGAGCAUAAGACCCUGAGUGCUGUUUGCAUAUUACCCUCAUGUAAGCAGCAUGAACUGGUCUUGUGCUCAUACUGACCGUGUCAUACCACCAUUUGAAUGACAUGCCCAGAGUGUGAGCGGCCUGCACUUUGGACGUUAGAUCAUUUUAUUGUGCGUUUCUGGCAAAGGAGGACUGGGUUUUGGCCGAAAGGAAGAUAAAAACAAACCCAGCACUUGUGUGCAGAAGCAGCGCUCUCUCUAGGAGGAUUGCUCAGUAACGUGUGUGUGUGUGUGUGUGUGUGUGUGUGUGUGUGUGUGUGUUUCUAGCUUUUAGCCUUUCACCUGUCGCUAGUCAGGGUUUUCUUUAAUGCAAAUGUACCACAGCGAUGACACCUGCUGUGUAAACAAAAGCAAAUGUAAUAGUGUGGAGCCCUGCACUUCGAUUUAAUUAUCAUGUUGAUGUAGAAUUGUGAUUAUAUAAGUCCUCCUUGAGUUGUAUGCAUAACUGAUUUAUUAAAGCAUGAUUUCAGCACUAUCAAA